CCGAGAGCGCCAUUCGCCGAGAAGCUUACGCCAGUCACCCGGCGUACCGCGCCCCAGCGGCCGGGGAGGUGCGCUGCCCCGCUCCCGUAAAGUUAUUGUGAAUGGGGAGCGGGUGACGUCAGCGCCGAAUGUCAACAAUGUAGCGAUUGAGAGUGUGGGCGUUCCGGGAGAGCGCGAGCCGCGCGGCGCAGCCAGCAGCCCCGCCGCCGCCGCCUCAGCAGCCAGCCCCGCGGCCGCGCACCGGGCUGCGGUCGCCCCUGCGCCCCGCUUCGCCCGCCGCCCCUCCCUCGCGGCCCGCGUCCCCCCUCUCCCCCGUCGCCCCCGCCGCGCGCGCCGCUCCCCUCCCCCUUCCCGGACUCGGGGGGCUGCGAGCGAGCGAGCUGCCAUGUGAUGCGCAUCCCCUCCGCCUGCUCUCAGUGACCCCAGGACCGCCCACCACGCCGGCGGCCGGGAGGGGGCUGCGGGCUGGGAAGACGCGGGCAGGACCGGCGCAGGGGGACGAAAGUUCCCGGGAAGUCUAAUGUUGCGGGGCCAACCAUGACGAUCUCGAUUCGUUAGCACAGGACUUCGUGUAUGAUAUGCUUAGCGAUUAGAGCCUAUGCUCUCCGGGAGCUCUAGUGGGACAAGGGGGACUGGAAGAGGAGGAAGAGAGUGACUAAAAACAGCCACUCCGGGAUGUGAGAACAGAGCCAACAUCGUGUCUGGAGACAACAAGGUUGCUUUUGUUAGUCUGGAUAUGUGUUUGGUGGUGGUGGUGGUGGAGCUCAAAUUUUAGAUUUUCAGUGCUAGAGAAAUGCAUUUACAAUGUGAAAACCCGAUGCUUAUUAAAGAAACUCAUUCUUUUAAAAUGUUUUCUUUUUCAUUCUUUUUUUUAAAAAAACCUCCAACUUUAGAGGGAACAUGGAGCAGUUGUACAAGACCACUUACAUGCCUGCUUCUGUGUGUUCACCAGGUGUCACCAUUUGGUACUUCAUGCUGUUAUGCAAAGGUUUAGAUGGAUACUUCGGCUGCAGAAGAAUGCUUACUUAAGGCGCUGUCUGAUACUAAGUUGCAGAUGUGCUAAGUAUUCUUAAAGGCUGAAGAAUAAGAACAUCUCCUAUAUAACCAUAAUGCUAUUGUGAAAUAAUUCCAAGUGUGGGGGGGAGGUAGAAAGUGCUGUGAUUAAACUAAAAAAAAAAAAGUGGGGAUUAUAGCGAGGUCAUUAGUCCUCCCAUUUAGUUCCCUCUAGGAUAAAUUUGGUAUCUAUCAAUGAACUACUCAACAAUUUACUACAGAGUAAGUUCUAGGACAGCCAGAGCCACACAGAUAAGCCCUGUCUCAAAACAAAACAAAACAAAAAUUAUCUUUUAACACUGGGAAAAGGUCGAUUUCACUAAUCUUUGUGAUGGCAGCCACACGAGGUACCACUAUGAACAAAAGCACAUCUUCCGUCAUGUCAAGAAGCAGAGAGUGUUUCUCAUCCUGUUGGCCCAAAUGAGAAGUUUACUUCCAGUCAGUGGCUGUGUUUGCUAGUGCAUUAAAGUGGGCCAGCUGGCCAGUCACUCAUCAGCAGUGAGGUGUAUCCCAGAGUCUGAAACUCUAUUUUAUUUUUUUCUUUCCUUUUCCUUUUUUUUUCUCUUUUACAACUCAGUGGCCAUGGACAUUUCUAAUUUUAAAUUCCUGUUUUGCAUAUCAAGUUUAUAAGCUAUGACUUUUAGGAUAAUUUUUGUACUUUGUCCUGUAAACAGAUUUUAAAAGCAUUGAAUGUAAAAUGCAUGUGAAGUUUCUUGUGUAUCAAAGGCUCGCCUUUCCUCUCCCUGACUUAAUGGGCUCCUGUUUCCAAUUUGUGUUAGAGCUCUGUGUGAAACAUGAACUCUAGUUUAUGCAAGUCCUAAGAGGGAGCGCAAGUGUGUGUGGGGAUAACAGCCCUUGAGCAGCCUUUGUGGCAGGCCUCUGUUGAGUCCUGGAGUCAUUCUCCAGCAAGGCCAAGUGCUCACUUUGCACGUGGAAAUUGCAGAUGUCACUACUUGAACUUGCCACCAGUGCGCGCAUGUAAUAUCUGUUGGCAGCAUAAUAGUUUUUGGCUACUCCUUGAGAAUCCCACCCGCAUCCCCUCUGUUUGUUUGUUUCAGAGCAGGGGAUUGAGUCCCAGAGCCUAGCACAUUCCAGAUAACAGCCACUGUUACUGAGAGCUACAGCCGGAUCUGACCGUUCUGAUUUUAAGAAACAAAUUUUCUCAUGUAAAACUCAAGUUGGGAGGUUGGGCUCAUUCAUUUUUUAUUCUUUCAGCAAGUAAACAUUAAGUGCCAACUUUGUGUCCGUGCUGUUCAGAGAGGGACAAGAGAAGGCUGCUACUCUGGAAUUGUGUGGUAGAGUCCAUGAACAGAUACAGAUAGGAAACAAAAACCCCUUGACUAUCCUAGGGUAGUGACGUGAGGGUGGGGUGCUCCAUCAGAGGUGAGAUGGCUAGUAAGAUAUCACUGAAUGAAUGAAUCCCAUCUGAACAGCGAAAGGAUGUAUAGGAGACUCACCCAGUUGGAAAAGGCUGGUAGAAAAGGCAUUCGUGGGGCAAAAGGCCCUCACAAAGCCACAGAAACAGAAAACAUACACGUGUUACAGUGUGUGGAUUUCUGAUGGUCUGUGUCACUAGAGCUUGGGCCCACAGGAAAGUCCCAAAGACAUUAGCCUAAAACUUUAUCAUUUCAAAGUCAUUGUCUUUUACGUUGUAUUCAGUGGGGGACUAUUUCAGGGUUUUUCUUUUAGCAAAACAUCUAGAUAUUUAUCUGUUGGUCAUCAUCAGGUCCUUUAUAUGUAGACCCAUCAUUAUCAUUAAAUGUGUGAUGGAAAAUCAUAUUGCAAGUUAGAAAGUACUGGAAGUUAAAACUCUUCCCGUCUUUGGAAGUUUGAUAAGCAGGAGACAGAACUGUGUUUUUGUUUUUGUUUUGUUUUGUUUUUUGUUUUUAUUUCAGGACCUUUUAACAAAGAAGUUCCAUGGUUACAUGUGUGCUUAGAAAUAGUAUCAUUGCAACAGGAAGAGGAACUAGAAUCCAGAGCCAGAGGGGCAAUCACUCUGCUCCUUUAUAAGUUCAUGGAGAAGCAAUGGCUACAGGGAUGCAGACUAAAGCCACAUGAAACUGGUCCCAAGGACCAGUUGAACAGAGUCCUCAAAUGUGAUUGGCCCAACACAGACAUCAACAGAGAGGAAAUGACUGAGAACAGUGUCCAGAUCUCUGGGGAAACUUCAUGGGUGAUAUCACCAGGAUAUGGGUGUACAGUAGGUCAUGAGAUUGGGGUGUGAGAUUGAUGUGGGUGGUAGAACAGAGAUUAGUGAUAAAAGUGCUAGGAAGAGGACAUUUAGUGACUGAGACAGAGAAGCCUUCCAAGGAGUUGUGUGAAGGGAAGAGGAAAACUCGGGGUGGAGUAUGCCAACAUUCAGGGUAGGAGAGUCUAAAGAUGGGGGUGUUCAGGAAGGCUUGUGUCACAGAGGCCAAGCAUUCCAUCCUGGAUUUGCCAAGUUAAUAAGUUGAAUAGAACUGUCAUGAGCAGUUGGUGAGGAGUAGGAAAUUAGAAGGAAGAUCUUCCAUUUAUACUGUGUGGGAAAAGAAAGCAAAAUGGGCAGGGAUUUUUGUUUUUUGUUUUUUUAAUGUUGGUUUUUGAAGUUGAAAUUUUGAGCAUGUAUGCACUGUAAAGGAGAGAGACUACCAACGAGGAAGAAGACAAAUUAGUGGAAUGAUGUCUGUAAUAAAUUAAAUCUGAGGGCAUAUUUGCUCGAACACUCAUGAGGUCAAUCAGAGGAAGAAAGGAUCUAUCCAGAUUUACAAAGAUGAGAAGAGAAGGCAAGUGAGGUUUGAAAGCUGGAUAUGUGAUUGGAUGAGAGAUCCAUGGAAUGUAUGUUCUGGAUAGUCAAGGGAUACAUUCAACUAAUACAUUCAGGUCUCCUUAGAAGCACAGUGGAGGGAUGAAACUGUUACCCUACCACAGUCACACUGCACAGGUUUUUAAGACCACACUCAGCCUCUAGACUCUCCAAGUUGAUAAUGGAACACAAUAGGAGCUUUUAUUGCUGACUCAUUGCUGUGGGAUACAUGACUUUUCCAGUGAGUUGUGUUGGCUCAAGACUUCCCCGUGGCCCCACCAGAUCAUUCUUAGAACAGUAUUGAAAUCCAUUUCCUUUUCUUUCUGUGCUCUUAGGAACAGUGGGCAGGACCUCCUGCAGUCUCUAGCUUUCAUCCUUGAGAAAUUUUACACUUACAAUCUUUUCUUAGUGCCUGUAUGUUUAUAGACCUAACCUAACAUGAAGAACUUAGUCAAAACGUGUGGAUUCGUAAGAGAAUGCUAGCUGCCAUGCAGGUAGCCCUUCCACCUUUACAGAAAGCAAGGAGAACAAUGUUGAGUGAGCUGCUGUAGCUCUUUGGACAAAAUGCACCUGGUGAACAUAUACAGAAUUUUCUGUUUUCAGCAGCAGACUUCGAGUCCCCAGUAGUGAGCACAGAGCUAUUUCUAGUGUAGGCUUUAUGUUAGGCUGUAAAACAAAUGUUAAUAUAUUUAAGAAAAUAAAAGUUAGACUUAGUAUUAUUUCUGACUACAAGGGUAUGAAACUAGGAAUUAAUAAUGGAAAGAACCUUAGAAAAUACACAACAUGCCCCCCCCAAACAACCCACUGAUAGAGAAGAACUCAGAAAGGAAACUUGAGAAUAUCUUGAGGAGAAUGACAGCAGAAGUGUAGACUUUGAAGCUGCAGGAUAGAUGCUCCACAAGGAGUGAUUACACCAACACAGGCCUGCGUUCAAGACAGAGAAAGCCCAAAUAAACAAUCUGAAAUUUCAGCUAAACGAAUAAGAGAAAGAAAAAUGAAGCCUAAAAAUAAGUGGGAGGAAAUAAUAAUAAUCAGAGUGCAAUAAAAGCCAGGAAACCCAUAGAAGUAACCAUACCAAUAGUUUUAUUUAAAAAAUAAAAUAAAAUGGAACAAUCCUUACCUAACCUAGGAAAAAAGUAAGAGAGAAUAUUCAAAAAUUUUAAAUGAAAGUAGAGACUGGAGAGGUGGCUCAGCAUGUACGUACUUGUCUGAAGGACUGAAGUUCAAGUUUGGAUCCCUAAAACCCACAUAAAAUCUGGGUGGGUGUGACAGCCCACCUGCAGUUCCAGCCCAGGGAGCAGAGAUGGAUUUCAGAGCAAGCUGGCUAAGCCAGCAUAGUAAAAACUGCAAACUCUGGAUUCAGUAAGAGACUCUACCUCAGUAUAGAAGGUAGAGAACAUUGAGAGAGCCGCCAGGCGUCAGCCUUGGGGUCCCUGCGUAGACACACAUGAACCUACACGCACACACACAAGCACACAUAUGCACCUGUACAUCGUCAACAAAAAAGAGGAAAAAGAAAACAAUUAAAGUGAGUAAAUUGCCCGAAGGUAAGAAGACUCAUCAUACUAUUGCAAGCAUUUAUGUGUCAACAGUCUAGAUAACGUAGAUGAAAUGGGUAAGUUUCUAGAAGAAAAUACCAGUUCCAGAAUUAAGUCAGGGAGAAUUAAGUGAGAAAGCUUGAGCAGACAUAGACAAAGAGACGGAAGAAGUCAUUAAAAACCUCCCAGCAAAGAACAGCCAAGGCCGGAUAAGUUCUCCAGUUCAUUAUAUUCUUCCUAUUGUACGAAGAUCAAAGCCACGCUGGUUAUGCUCUUCCAGAAAGGCAGAGAACGUUCAAGCCCAGCUGUCAGCCAGCACCCUUUCUUAGUAACCAUUCUCAGGACAAGUGUGUGAGGAGGCCCAGUGUGAUGUCCACCAUCAUAAUCCCAGGGGAGACUGACCUAAUGCUAAGAUCCAGUACAGAGCAAAAUGACCACUCUGGAACGUGUGUUCAACAGUUUGGAUGCGCUAAGAAGAGCAAGAGAAGAAGAAAAAAAAAAAAACGGAAAGGAAGAGGUAAAAUUAUCUGUUUGCAGAAGACAUAAUCUUAUAUAUAAAAACCCUUCAAAGAUAAACAAAUACUGUUGGGGCUAACAAGUGAGGGCAAUAAAGUUGCAAGAUACAAUAACCAACAUGUAAAAGCCAGUAACAUUUUAUAUACAGAUAACAGCCUAGCUAAUAAAACUCAAGAAAACUACUGCAUUUAUAGCAGCAUUAAAAACUAUAAAACACUCGGGAAUAAAUGCGAUCUUGAUGGUGGAGAUCAUACUUGCCUCAAGGAACUCCAUGCCCUAAUCAGCAGGAAGUAUUCCAACAAUGAUGUCCCCUCCUCUUUCCCCUCUAUCAUUUUUUCCUCUCAUAUCUAGUGUUGGGGAUUGAAAGGUGGAAAAGCGGAAUAGAGAAGGGUGGAAGGAAGAAGAACUCACAAAGCAGUCAAGAAGUUGCAUCCUGAACAGAGGGAACCUCACUGUGGAGUCACCUUCUCACUGGCCUAUAAACAUAUCUGUUGAGGCCUUUUCUUCAUUGUGUAUUGAUGCAGGAGGCCACCUUGGGCAGUGCCAGCUCGCGGCUGGUGGACCUGGAUUGCAUAAGAGAAGGGGCCAUCUUUCCCCCAUAGUUCCUGCAUCUGCCGCUGAUUGAGGUUCUUUCCCUGAGUUCCCACAGAGAUGGGUUUUGAUCAGUGUUUUAUUAUGGGAUCGGAAACCAAACAGUUGCUUUUGUAUCCUGCCACACUGCUGAAAGUGUUGGUCAUUUCUAGACCUUUUCUGGUGGAAGUCUUGGGGUCCCUUAUGGUAACAGGUCACCUCUGAAUAGGGUAAGUUGACUUGUUCCUUUUCUACUUUUAUCCCUUGAAUUUACUUCUCUGGCCUUACUGUUCUAGCUAGGGCUUCAGACACAGUUUGGAAAAGGAGUGGGGGUGGGGGGUAGCCUCAUUCCUGAUUUGAGUGGGAUUUCUUUGAGUUUUUCUCCAUUUAGGAUAGUGUUUCUCAAUCUGUGGGUUGUGAUCCCAUUGUGGGUUGCAUAUCAGAUAUCUUACAUGUCAGAUAUUUAUGUUAUGAUUUAUGAUUAUCAAAAUUGUAAUUAUGAAGUAGCAAUGAAAUAAUUUUAUGGUUGGAAGGGGUGACCACAUCAUGAGGAAAGGAUUGCAGUGUUAGGGUGAGAGCCACUGACUUAGGACAGUAUACUGGCUGUGGUUAUGUCCUGUGUAGCCUUUGUUAUAUUAUACUGUGCACCUUCCAGUCCUUUUCUCUCCAGGACUUUGAUUAUAGAAGCAUUUUGAAUUUAGUUAAAGGGCUUUCCUUUAUCUGUUAAGUUGGUCAUGCAGUUUUUGUCACUGAGGCCAUUCAUGUGAUUUACUGCAUUGAUUGACUUAUGUAUGUUGAACCCUUCCCUUAUCUCUGGGAUGAAGCCCACUUGUUCCUGGUGGAUGAUCUAUUUGCCGUAUCUCUGUAUUUAAGUUGCAAGCAUUUUUAUUGAGAAUCUGCACAUCUGUGUUUCUUUAAGGAUGAUGGCCUCCAGUUUCUUUUGUUGUGUCUUUGCUGAGGUUUUGGGAGUCUAGAGUAAUACCUGCUUCAUAGGAAGCCAGGAGUGCUCCUUCCGUUUUGUUCGGUUAUUUGAAAAUAAUAAUUUUAAGAAAAGUCUUUAAGAAGAAUUGGAUGUAGAUUUUCUUUGAAAGUUUGGUAGAGUUCUCUGUGGCUCCAUCUGGGCCUGGGCUGGUUCACUAUCUCCAUCACUAUCUCCAUCACCGUCAAGACCUCGAGGAGAAGGAAGAGGAUGUUAUUACUGUUUCAGUAACCUUGUUAUGGGCCUGUGGAAGUCGUUGACCUUUUCUUAGUUUAACUUUGGUGGUUUGAACAAAUUUAAAAAGUUAUCAAUUUCUUUUAGGUUUUCCAACUUAGUGGGGUAUAAGUUUGUUUUUGUUUUAUUUUUUAAAAAAGCCCUUCUAAUAUUCUGAAUUUCUUUGGUAUCUCUUGAAAUUUUCUCCUGUUUAUCUCAGACUCUGUUUAAGUUGGGUCUCCUCAUUUCUUUCUGUCGUUUAAUUGGCCUAAUGGCCUGUUGAUCCUCUUUACUUGUUCAGAGGGCCAGCUCUUACAUCCAUUGAGUCUCUGUAUUGUUCUCUUUGUUUCUAUUUAACUCAUCUCUUCUCUGAUUUCUAUUAUUUCUUGCUGUCUACUGGGUUUGGGGUUGUUUUCUUCUUGUUUUUCUAAAUUCUUGAGUUGCAUCAUUAAAUCAUUUAUUUGUGCUCUUUCUGAUUUUUUUUUUUUAAUGUAGGCACUUAGAGCUAUAAAUUUCCCUCAUACAACGGCUUUUAACAUGCUCCAGGGGUUUUGUUGUGUUUUGCUUUUAAUUUUAUUUAAUUCUGCAGAAAUUUUUACUUUUUUUUUUUUUUUACUUCUUCUUUGACCUAUUCAUUAUUCAGUCGUGUGUCAUCAUUUAAGAUCCAUGAGUUUGUGUAAUUGCUAGAGAUUCCCUUCUGUUGAUUUUAAGUUUUAUUUCAUUGUGGCCAAAUAGGAUACAAAGAAGUAUUUCACUGUUUCUUUCUUUGUUUUGUGUCCCUGAAUGUGGUCUAGAGCGACUCCAUGGAGUGAAUAAUCAAACGUACAUUUCAUAGUGUUGGGUUGGAGUGGUCUCUAGAUAAUCUGUUAGGUCCAUUUGAUAUACAAUGUCAUUUAAUUCUGUUGUUUAUUUCUUUAUUUAUUUAUUUCUUUAUUUCUUUAUUUAUUUAUUUUUGUCCAGACAGCCUGUGCACUACGGAAAGUGGGGUAUUGAAAUCACCUACUAGUGCUGAGAUGGGGCGAGUUUGCAUCAUGAAAUCUAGUGGUACAACUUUUUAUGAGAUUGGAUGCAUGGGCGAUUGUGCAUGUAUGUCUAGUGUGCAAUGUCUUCAUGGUUAACUGUUCCCUUCAUUACAAUGACGUAUCCUUUCUCUCUUCUGGUAAGUUUAGUUUGGAAUCUGUUUUGUCAACUAAUAGGAUAGAAAUGCCUGUUUGUUUCCUGGUUCUGUUUGCUUGAAUCCUUUUUCUUACCCUUUCGCUCUAAGGUGAGUUUCUAGAUGCUUUGGUAGUGAGCUGGGCUGAAUCGUCUCUCCAGCCCUCAAUGACUUUUUUACAGACACCAAAAGUUGGAUUUUAUUUCUUGAUUCAUUCAGCUAAACUGUGCCUUUUGAUGUGGGAUUAAAGGUAUUAAUGGAAAGUGCACCUCGAUUGAUGUUAUUCUUUUCAUUUGUGUUCUCAGUCCUAUUUUGUGUUUCUUUAAUCAUGGACUUGUUUACUUUCUGUGGACUCUUGGCUAUACUUAUUCCUCUCCAGUCUGACGCAGUACCUUCAGUAUUCUCUGUAGGGGUGGCUUGGUGAACAUGGAUCCUUCUAGCCUAUUUAUACCAUGGGAAGUUUUUCUUUCAUCUUUUAUUAUAGCAGAUCGUUUUUCUGGAUAAAGUCUUUGGGGUUGGUGUGUGUGAUCAUUUAGAGCUCCGGGAUCUUCUGGCCUUUAGUUUUCAUUGAGAAGUCAGCUGCUAUGCUGACGGGUUUUCCUGUAUAUGUGCUGUAUGCUUUUCCCUUGCAGCUUUAAGUGGCCUCUCUUCUUUCUGGAUAUUCUGUGCUCUCCUGCUGUGGGAGGCUGGGAGAGGCUGCGUUUUUGGUCCUAUCUGUUACAUGCCUUAUGUGCUUCUUGUGUCUGUACAGAUGUGUCUUUCCUCAACUGGGGCAGUUUUCUUCUGUGGAUCUGAAGAUAGAGUUUCUGCCAUUGCCCUGGGAGCCUCCUUCUUCUGUAUCCAUAAUUUAUGGAUUUUUUCAUGGUGUCCCAUGUUUCCAGAAUGAUUAAAUUUUUUUCGAGUGUUUCCUCUAUUUUCAAGACAUGAUAGUCUGACCCUACUUGAUCCAGUCUACUGACGAGGCUUCCCCCCAGAUUUUCUACUUGAGUUAUUGUUUUUCAAUUCUAUCCUCAUUUCAGAUUGAUUUUCUUUAGUUAUCUAAAUAAUUUUCAUUAGAAAAUAGAUCUCUAGUACCAGUGGGUUGACCAAGGUCAUAUUGUCUCCACCUAUUGUACUGUGUGUGUUUUGGUGACAUGACCUGGUCAUAUGACAUGACUUCUCCUUUUGGUUGUCUCAUAUGAGAUUCUAGUCUGGCUUUGUUGAGUGGAAGUUAGCCAUCACAAGGCUAGGCUGAUACACAGGCUGAGCUGGGUCGCCAAGUAUGGAGGUGACAUGGGUCAAUGUGAUUCUAAGGCCAUCUGCUGGCUGGGUAUACAAAUUAUCUGACCCCAGCUAAUGGGAGUGGAUUGAUGGUGUGGGCAGAUGAAGUUCUGAGGAACUCUCUCGGCAGGGCAAGUGCAUAGGCCAGGCAAACAUAGCUGAGCCUCGGCAUCUGAGGGCGGUGCACGUGUGUGAGGUUCUGAGGGACUCACCAGACUGGGGUGCUGCGUGAACUGCCCACACUGAAUAACAUGAACAAAUCCUCAUGACCAUGGAGAGCCUGUAGCAGACAGAAUGAAGUUCAGUUUGGAAGGAAAGCCUUGUGUGGCCACAAAUCAUAUGAAAAAUAUAGAACAACACAAAACCUAAGAAAGUGCAAAAAGCCUCUCGUGGAUUGUUGCAUCUCCCACUAUCCUAGAGAAAUCCUUUGUCCUAUAUAUGGGGAAGUAUACAGGGGACAUGCUGGGUGCUGGAGUGUCAGCCCCUCUGAGGUUGGAAAAGUCAACAGUUUGAAAUUCCCCAUCUUCACAGUCUUGACAUAUUAAUGGAUUCAAAUGGAAACCUCGGAUGGUUAUAUGGAGUCUAUGUUAUAUAAAUCCUCAGGAGACUACUUAGAGCUUGAACUAUAAUAGCUCCUUAGGUUAUCUAAAAAUGUAUGCAAAAUACAUGUAAAUGGAAGAUAAUGAACUGACAGGAGGCUUCGCACACAGCUAGACUCUGUUAGAUUGUUCUUGCCUGCCUAUAAUAAACCCUCUAGGAUGUUGGGUUUGGUGGCACGGUUUAUUAUUGUUGUUGUUGUUGUUACAUUUGUGAUUGUAGUUGUUUAUUGUUCAACAAUGAGGACAUAGUUCUAAAAUACAGGUUGAGCACCUUUAUGCCAGAGCCUUUAACUAUUCCAGAAUUUGAAACUGGCAUAGUACUGCCAGUGGGAAGUUCCGUACUUGACACCGUGUGUCAGGUUACAGUCAAAAUGCAAUUAAGCCAGAAAUACUGUAUAAAAUUGAUCUUCAGGUUGUGGGUAUAAGAUAUGCAUGGAACAAGAAUGGUUUUUCUUUUGUUGCUUCAACUAGGUCCCUUUUUUAAGAUAAAGAGACGGAUGGAUGGAUAUAUAGGUAGAUAGAUAGAUAGAUAUGCAAGUAACUCAUCCCCAAUUUUAGAAAUCGCAAAUCCAAAAUACUGUGAUGGGGGCUAUAGAAUGAGCUCAGCACUUAAGAGCAAAUCCUGCUCUUGCAGAGGCCCUGAGUGUGGAUCCCAGCAUCCAUGUUGGGUGACCCACAAAUGCUUGUAAGCCCAGUGUCUUCUUCUGGCCUCCUCAGGCUCCUAUACACAUGCAGCACCCGCAGACUUAGACAUAUAGAUAAAAAUAAAUCAUAUAUACUACAACAACAAAUAAGACCAUAUACCUGAUCAGCUCAGGCACUUCACAUAAAGCAGUGGUUCUCAACCUGCCUGAUACUGCACCCCUUUAAGACAGUCUCUCAUGUUAUUGUGACCCCCAACUGUAAAGUAAUUUCAUUGCUACUGUAAUGUUCCGUUGUUAUGAACUGUAAGUAUCUGGUAUGCAGGUCGUGUGGAAGUCACUACCCACAGGUAGAGAACCAGUGGAGGGAACCAUCAACUUGAGUAAGAUACAGAUUCAAAAUAUAGCCUACAGAUAUGAAGUAUGAGGUCGUGCCUUUUUUCCUGUCUUGAACUCUUCACUUUUUGGAUGAAAUGAUCAGUUCAGAUGACAAAGCUACACUCCUUAAAUAAAAAGUAGUUUUUCCCUAGUUGUUUAUCCCCCGUUCCCUUGUUUCCCAUAGAAGGCUCACUUACUCAUUACAGUAGCCCUCCUCUUUGCUCUUUCCAGAUUAAUUAAUUGAAGGAGCACCAAGAGAUAACAUUGCUCCCCAUGAACUUUUAACUAAAGCCGCACAUGGUGGGGCGGUGACUAGCCUGGCCUUGAGAAGAUGAUUUGGUUAGCCCUUUGUGGCCCCAUACUUAGCCUAUACCUGAUUUGUAAGCUGUCAGAGCAUGGUGGGCAGACUGAAUAGAACCUCAGACAUUUAAACACAGCUAAUGUUUGGGCCCAUUCCUGAUCCUGUAAAAAGCUAUCAGAAGUUGUUUCCAGCAUCCAUAGCAUUUGUUUUAUAGCCAUGUGGUUUUUGGAUCAUUAUUUUAAUGAUCAUAAUUUCAAUACAAACCUGUUGGGUUAUAUUUGCUGGCCUUUGCAUUGUAGAGUGUGACUUGACUGUCUAGGAGAGGUGAAUGACCCCUGCAGAAAAGCAGCCCGUUUUCAGAUUGCUCCAAAUUUUAUUUUUAAGGGAAGAAAUAAAAGAAAACUAAGAUGAGUAGGACGUUUAGGUUUGAGUAAUGUUAGGAAUCUCUCCACAGUCUGUGGAAUUUCGGUAAGGAGCCUUUUAUCAGGCUGGUUAGGAAGGAAGAGCUGUCUAGAACCAUGCGGUAUGGCUUUUUGUAUCUCCACCUGGGCAGUCCCAGGUUGAUGCCUGGUGUUUUGGUGACAUGUGGUGAUGUUCGCGUGUGUUCAGGCCUACUUUAGCUGUGCUGCUAGGACUGCAGGUGGAAGCUCGAUGCUCAGCUUGGGCAUAGUGGAUUCUAACUAACUUAGUUCCUUCGUUCCCAUUGUCACCAUGCCCUCCCUCCCUUCUUCCCCCUUGUCCUUCUUUCCUGCUCCAUCCUUAUUUCCUCCUGCCUUUAUUUCAUUUCCUUAUGAACUGGACUCCCCAUCCUGUGAAACCACUCAGAGUCUGUCCUGCAUCUCCAUCACCAUUUUCCAAAUGUCCAUUCCCAGGCCAUUUCAGAGAAACCCACAGUAUAUAAAACCAAGUUGCCUACCUGCCUUCUUGGCUCUUUCUUGGCUUGAUGAGGUUUCUCACAUCACACAAGCAGGCAGUGGAGGGAAAAGCUGCAGCUUCGUUAGCUGCUUGGGACUGAGCCCCCGUGCUCCUUCUAAAUUCUAGAGAGAGAGGUGAGCUGAGCUGUGUAUCCCGGGAAACAUUUGGUUCUAAGAGGGACCAAUUCCAGAAAUGCAAGGUUUUCUUUUUAUACGACUAGCAAACUUGCAUUGAUUAAGAUGUGUCAAACAGGUGCUGGGCGUGUGCAAAGCUAUUUCAUGAUUUUUCAUAGAACUGAAUGGUUAUUUUUAAGUGUGUCUAUAUUAUUCUCAGGCAGACUGCUGGAUAAAAAAGUACAAAGGGCUAAAAAUACGUAAGAGUUUCUGUAUUCUCUGUUUUAAAAGAAACCAACUUCUGCAAUCCCUUUCCAUUUGUAGGAACAGAACACCAUGGCUUUGGCCAUGAUUGCAAGUGGUUUCUCAGUGUCUAUGUUCUAAGACAGAUCGCCAUCAAAAGGGCAUUGGCUGAUCUGUAAGUCAUCAACACGUGAGGAGGUGAUUAUAGUCAGACCCUCUCUCUGUGAUUGCUACUGUUCUGAACUUGCGGGUUUUGUUUGUUUGCUUGUUUGUUUUGAGACAGGGUCUCUUUAUGUAGUCCUGUCAGCCCAGGAGCUCAGUAAGCAGACCAUGCCUGUAUCUCAGGUGCGUUCCCAUGAUCCUGACUGAGUUGUUUGCCCCUCUGGUCGUAAUGCCAGCCUCCUAAGGUGCUCUGAAGAUUAGCUUGGAGCAGAGCCAGCACAUGGUAAAUGCUUAGUGUGUACUGGAAACUUUUUUAUGUUUUCCAUUUAUUUUGGUUUUUUAGAAUGCUGGUUAAAUAAACACAAUAUGUAUUCUCUUUUGAAGUGUAUAGUUCAGUAGUGGUGGUUAUAUUUAAAUUGUUGUGUAGCAGAUCUGUAGGAUUUCCAUGUUACAGCCCUGAAGUGUUUGUUAUUGUUAUUAUUUUAAAUCUCACUUUCUCCCACAGUCAGUUGCACAGUUUCGUGGACUGGGAUGUCGACUCUGCUGAGCAGAAACUGCUUGGUGAUGUAUGGAAGGAGCCAGCGCCAGCCCCCCCCACCCCAAUUUCUUGAAUGAAUGAAUAAGAACAAUGGCAUAGUGAAUGCGGUUUUGAAAACUUAUUUCUCACUUAACAAGUAAAUCUAUUUUUAAACCGUUUUAAGUGGAGUAGUGUAAAUGGAAAACUGUCUGCCUUCAGGAGUUAAGCUCAUUUUUUGUUUUGAUUUGAAAUAGGGCCUUACUAUGUAGACCAGGCUAGCCUCAAACUCACAAUUCUCCUGAUUCAGCCUUUUGAGUGUGGGGUUUACAGGUGUGGUACAAAGUGGUUCAUAAGGCAGCAAUCUCUUUUUUUAAGAUUUAUUUUUAUUUAUGUGUAAGUAUGAAUCUCUCUCUGUGUGUGCGCGCACGCGCACGUGCCUUUUGCAAGGUGCCUGAGGAGGCCAGAAGAGGGUGUCAGAUCUCCUGGAGCUGGAGUUAAAGGUGGUUGUGAGUCACCUGACAUGGGAGCUGGGAACUGAACUUGAGUCCUGCUCAAGAGGCACAAGUGAGUCUUAAACCGCUGAGCAAUUUCUUUACCCAUAUCCCCCACCCCCACCCCCGUGAUGUUAAAAUGCAUUUGUACUGUUUCUCAGUUAUUAUAAAUUCUGCCUUUUCUAAUUCAACUUUCCUUCAACAGGAAAAAGAAUAUCUAUUUAGUGUGGAUGGUAAAAGAAAAGAGGAAAUACUAGCCAAUAUGCCAAGAAUUUGAAAAGCAUUCACUUUAAAUUCAAACCUUAUUCUGUUCAUCUGGUCAGGCCUGGCCACUAGAAUUCUUACUUCCUUAGGGAACACAUGAAUCAUCUUGUUCUUCCAUUUGGAUCAGAGGUUCAGGCCUUCAUCUGUACUUGCCAGAAUUAAUGGAACACUAGUAUUUCCACUGAGAUCCAAUCUGGUCAGGCCUGGCCAAUCUCAGUCCAGUCUGGGUCUGAGUCUACUCUGGGUCUGGUCUGGGUCUGGUUUAGUCUGAGUCUGAUCUGGGUCUGGGGCUGGGUCUGGUUUGGUUUGAGUCUGGUCUGUGCCUGUGUCUAGUAUAGGUCUGGCUGUAGCCUGGGUCUAGACUGGGUCUGGUCUGGGUCUGGUCUGGGUCUGGGUUAGUUUGGGUCUGGAUCUAGUCUGAGUCUGGGUUUGGGUAUGGUCAGACUAGUCUGGUCAUGUGCUGUCUAGUCCUGUCUGGCCCAGUCUAGCCCGGUCCCUUUUGGGGUCUUUUAAAAGAAUAUUUAUUGAACAUUGCCUAGAAAGGGCCAACACUCUAGGCAAAAGAGAAGAAAACUGUCUCUGACUAAAAAACCUUCCAUCUGUAAUUAAUUACCAUCAUGUUCUGUGGAUUUUUUUUAAACGUUAAAUUUUUGAUAGGGAUUAUUUUGCUCAUGGGCAAAGAAAUCACUUAAAUGUUUUUUGGGUUUUUUGGGGGGGGGGUUGGUUUGGUUGUUUGUUUGAUUUCUAUUUAUUUUUAGCUAAACCUUAGGUUUCGUUUUAUGACAAAUAGGAAUGCUGCAAUGAGCUCCUUUUGUUUAAACAUUGCCAUUAGGAAGUAAGCACAGAAUGUGGGCUUUGCAGAGACUCACUUCCUUCUACGGGGAACAGGGCUGGUGGGGCCUUGGAGGGUGUGCAGGAGACAGGAAGCCUGUGGCCUGCCAGCGUCUUAACGGGUCCAUACAACAUGGUGCCUGUCAGGAGUGGGGAGCCAGGCAGCAGCACUCGUCGAUGGAUGCUUGGCAAACCCUUGCUCAGCUGCAUGGCCUGCAGUUAUUCAUCUUCUGAUGGUGAUGGCUUUGCCCUUUCCAUUGUGACUUCUGGAAACUGGCUGUGCCUACUCAUUUCUUCCUGAGCCUGAAGAUGGAGUUUAUCUGUGAAUCAGAGACCAUAAUCUUUUGAAAGGUCUCCCUUGUGUUCUGAGAUUAAAAUAUUCUUGGGCGAGUGUGAUGAUUCAGUGGUAAGGUUAUGGCCUGAGUUUGAUGAUGGAUGGAGAGAAUCAAGUUCCGCAAGUUAUCCUCGAACCUCCGUACUCACGUGCGCGCACACAUACACACCAACCCACACAAAUAUAUGUAGUGAGAAUUUAAAAAUGUUCCCAUAUUUGGAUUCUAACAGCAAGAAGAUGCAUGUUUAUAAAAUAUAUAAAUAUUGUACAGAAAAUAUAAGUUAACUAUUUCUAUGUACAAAUGUAAACUUCCCUAAUGUUUCAAGUCUCCUGUUUGAGUCUGUACCUAAGGAGGAAUAGAAAUCAAAGACAAGCAUGGCCCGGACUCUGAGGUUCUGUUGUCUCACCUGUCCCAGGAGGGAAGCCAGCCUCCUCCUCAGAGCAUCUUGGGCUUGGUGACAUGACCUUCAGCCAGGCUCUCUGUUCGACUCAGCCGGAACCUCCCUGUGACUGACCAGGGGCCAGGGGCUUGGCAGGGUUGCCUGUCUGUCUGUCUGUCUCUCUCUCUCUCUCUUUCUUUUUUCUGAAAUGCCCUUAAGCCUCCCAACCUCACUUUUCAUUUUUCUAAGCCUUGCUCAUUCUUCACUUCCUUUAGACGCCCCUCCCAGGAUCCCCACCCUCAGAGGGUGCCACCCUGCCGUACACGCUUUCUCUUCUCUUUUCUCUUCAAGUUGUUCUCAAAAAUGUCAAGUGUAUUUUCACCUAUGAGUUUGUUUCUCUAAUGGUUUUCUCUUAUAACACUGUAAGCAGUGUCAGGGAGUGUGGCUGGUUUGUCUGUGUUCACAAUAUCGGUUUCUAGCAAGGAGAAGAGACUCAAGGAAAAAAGUUGAUGUGUGAGCUUUUCACACUUUUUAUUAAAUGAAAGGUAUAACCCGUCAUUUAUAAUGCUGUGAAAACUUUCGUUUUGUUUUGAGAUAGGCUCUUGCUACACAGCCGAGGCUGGCCUCAGACUUAGGAUUCUUCUGUCUCUGGGCUACCAUGCAUGACUAAGGGUUUGUAAUUUUUUAUUAGGCGUUUUAGAUGAACUGUAGUAUAGCACAAACACACUUUUUGAAAGUUGAGUGAGCACCAUGGUGUGACUGUCCUCAUGCACAGGAGGGUCCUGGCUUUGCGGAAGUCUCGAAUGUGGGAUAUGCCCCUUGUGGGUUGCUUUUCUCAAUUGGCAAAUGAACAGUCUGGCCAGAUCUAACUCACAUAGGGCUUCUUAGUUCACCUACUACUUGGUUAUCAAACCAGUGCUGGGCAUUGCUGUGGGAUACACAGAAAAAUAAAGUUAGUUCUUGCAUGUAUUCAUUCGUGUAAAAGUGUUUAUUGAAUAAUAGUGCAUACCUACUGAGCCUUAGAGGGUAUCAUAGUUAUGAAUACCUGUGUCGCACUCAUAGCUAUAUGUAUUUGUACGAUGUAUUCUAGCCUAAGGUCUAAGAAAAAUGUGUUCUUAUAUGUAGUGAAGAUAAGAGGGAACCCCAAAGAAAGGUACAGAAUGCUGUACAGGUGUAAGCUGAGUAAUGCUAAGGGCACAGGAAAGCAUCUUGGAUAAAAUAGAGUGAGGAGUUCUCUCAAACAGUGGGGAGAACCUUGACAGUUGGAGCUCUUAGAGAAAUUCUGGGUGUGGGAACCACUUGAGGGAAGGUGUGGGACAAGGAAAAUACUUAGAAAAGAGGCAUCCCCUUCAUGGGAGCACGGAGAAGAGGUGGUAUAUAGGAAGCAUCCCGCUGAACGUCAGGGUGAGGCUAUUGGCCUUUAGGGCAGGACGAUCCUUAAAUCUGGGAAAGGAUACUUUGAGUUACUUUUAAAACGUAAGUGUGUGUGUGUGUGUGUGUGUGUGUGUUAUCAUCUGCAAGUGGGGAUAAUUUGACAUUUUCCCUUUCUCCUUGCAUUCCUUGAAUUUGCCCCGACCCCCACCCCCUUGCCUUAUUCCUUCAGCGAGUGUUUUGGGCAGUGUUCAUAGGGGUGGAGAUAGGGACCAGCUCUGUCUCAUUCCUGGUUUCAAUGGGAUUGCUUUGAGGUGUUCUCCAUUUAGGAUUAUGCUGGCUAUGGGUUUGGCAUAUACAGCCUUUAUUCUAUUGAGGUAUAUUGUCCUAGGUCCUACUGUCACUGGAACUUUUAUCAUGAAGACAUGUUGGGUUUUAUCAAUGACAUUUUCUGUGUCUAUUGAGACAACCAAGUGAUUUUUGUCUUCAAGUCCAUAUAUGUCAUUUAUUACAUUAUUUGACUUAUUAUGUUGAACAAUACUUGUAUCUCCUCAGGAUAAAGCCAACCUGGUCAUGGUAGAUAAUCUUUUUGAUGUGCAUCUAUAUUCUGUUUGCAGGUAUUUUAUUGAGGGUUUUUGGGUCUGUGUUCAUCAGGGAUAUUGGCUUUAGUAUCUUUGUUUCUUUCUUUCUUUCUCUUUUGUUGUGUCUCUACAUGGUUUUGUUACUAGAGUAAUACAGGCUUCACAGAAGUUUGGGAGUGAUCCUUUUGCUGGUUUUUGUUUUGGUUUGUUUUUGCAUAAUUUAAGACAUAUUGGCCAUAGAUCUUUGAGAGUCUGGUAGAAUUCUUCCCUGACUCUUAGCUGGCAGGCCCAGUAAGGUUCAAAACAGUGGUUGGUAUCUGUGGCACAGCUUGGUGAGGUAUAGCCCAGAGCUUGUGCACAUGGAAUGUAUGUGUGCACACACGUGUGUGUGAACAAGAAAGUAUGUAUACAUAUGACUAAAUAUGUACACAGAUAUGUGUGUAUAUAUGAGUGAAUGUGUAUUCGUGAAUAUAUGUCUGCAUAUAAGAAGAUAUGUGUUUGCACAUGGGCAUGUGUAUGUACACAGGCACAUAUGUACAAAUGUAUAUGAAUACACGUGUGCACACACAUGGACAUAUGUGUGCACGUGGAUGUGUGUACAUGUGUAUGUGUACAUGUGUUCAUGUGUGUGCAUGAGUGUGGUGGGGCUAUUCUGUUAGAUAGGCAGUGUACACAAAUGGAAAGACUGUAGAGUGAAGAAAGAUAAUACUUUGUUUUACUGGCAAAAGACUUUUGUGGUCUUAAGCUAGAACAGUUGCAAAAUGUAGCACAAGCAUCCAGGCACUUUCACUGCUGCCGUGGUUGACUGUUGACUUUCUCCCAGUUUGGGGAGGUUUCAUUGACUCAUACCAGAAAAUUGUUUAAAAGUCAAGUGGAAUUGUUGACAUUACAGAGACCAUAAUUAGAUAUCUAAGGACUAACUAUAACUGGCCUGUGGGUUAAGGCACCCACCACAAGCCUGAUUAUCUGUGUUCCAUUCCAGCAUCCACACUGUGGAAGAAAAGAGGCAACUAUUGUAAGUUGUUCUCUGAGCUCCACACAUGUGCUUUGUCAAUCAUGUGAACACCCGUGAGAGAGCACGCGCACGUGCACAUACACACACAGAUAGAAAGAAAGAGAGAGAGAGAGAAUAAAUAAAUGUAAUAAAAAUUUAAAAAGAGAAUUGAGUAGAAUUUAAUAACUAAAAGACAUUUUAAAGACUUUGUUCAUUUAUGGGUAUGUAUGUGUGCCUAAGUGAACUUACAUGUACCAUGUCAGUGUAUGCACCUGCAGUGGAUCCCGUGAGUCCUGAGAUACAGGCAAUUGUGAGCCACCACCACAUUGGUGCUGAGAACUUAAUCUUCUGCAAUGCUGUUCAGGCUCUACUUCCUUGCCAGUAGGUGUAAUCCCCUGAGUUCACAACCUGUGGGUUCAAGGUGGCCAGGCUGGGAACUAAGAGACCACUGGCUGCAGUGAGAACAGAUUCUCAGGAGACAUCUUCAGUGAGACAGCUCAUUUUACUGGGGAGCGGGGAGGAACAAAAGCUACUUAAACCUUUGGGGGGUGAGUAGGGAAUAUGGGGUGAGUGUACAUCAUUGGUUCAGGCCUGAGUGCUGGGGAUGCCUCAUUUGCAUGAAGAGGAAUUCCUGCUGUUGGACACAACCUUAUUAAGGGGAAAGGAGGUUCAACCUGGUUACCUACCAGCUAAGAGAUCUCCUCUGGUGGGGCAAAGGUAGGGCACAGGGCUACUCGAGUGCGCAGGGGAAGCAAGGGAGCAAUCCUAUUCCUGCUCAUACCAGCAUGAGGUUUCUGGGAUCCCACUUUUGCUCCAGGCCUGCUCCCCCACCCGCAUGGCUCCCUGGCCCUACACUGCAAGAACAGUGAGCACGCUUAGCUGCUGACCUGCCUCUCCAGCCCGAACUUUCGGGAAUUUUAUAGAUAAUCCUCAUGCCCAGUUCAACAAGAUCAUAAGACUCUUAAAUGUUUCAGGCAGAUUACAUGUCUACUCAGACUUUGAAAGUCAGAUCACAGAUAACCUACUGGAACUGUUUCCUGGUUAUUUGUUUAGAUCCAAUUGAUACAUUUUUACUGUGCGGUGCUCAUGGUACUUUGAAAUCACCAAGGGCUUGGCACAUAAUAGGCAAACAGGCCAGUCCUGAGCUACAUCCCAGUCCCUCUGUGAAUUAUUAAGGACUAAAAAGAAGAAGUCGUUGGCACAGACCGUAUGGAAGACAGUUUGAGCACUUCUUACCCAGUUCAGCAUGGGUAGACUACAGGGCUAGGGCCAUGAAGCAAUUCAGUAUGAUACUGUAGUGAUAUAAUCACACGUUGUAGCUUUGCAAUAUAUAGACCUAUGUAACACAGCAAACAGACCCCAAUGUUACCUGUAGAAUAUAGUUAAUAAGAGCAUGCUAGCUCAUUAAUGAUAACAAAUAUAUCAUACUCACACAAGGUGUUAUUUAAAUGUGAGAGCCAGAAGACAGGGAACUUUCCAACAAUUUUUUUUAUAUAAGCCUAAAACUAGACUUACAUUAAGGCUAACUACUUGGGGAAAAAAAAACUAAAAGUAAACAGAAGUAAGAUUUUAUGUGUGAUAUAUAUAUAUAUAUAUAUAUAUAUAUAUAUAUAUAUAUAUAUAUAUAUAUAUAUAUAUAUAAUAAAAAAGCAUCCCCCCAAAAAGUAAAAACCCAAGGUAGCUUCCAUCAUGCAACAUCUGAAUGUUUGUUUCCGGUUUAACAUUUUUCUGCCUGACCUACAUUUUAUUUCAUCAUUAGCUAAUAACAAACACCAGGUUUAGCAAUUCCCUGUGGUAGACAUUUUGAGUGGUGAGUUAGAACUGCUUGCUACAUGCCUGGUAGGCUCCCUUCUCCCUGGCCAUAUCCCACCUCUACCACACACUCUUGACCUCCAGGCCUAGACCCUAAUUUGCUUUCACUAGCAGGCAUUGGGACUAGUAGCCACUUUGCUAAGUAUUUUAUUUUUUUGUGUAUCUUGUAUCUCAUGUAUCUUGAGGUUCUCUUUGAUAGAGAGGAAAUGAAAUCCUUUGGGAAGGAGGAGAUUGCUAUGGUACAGUCUGGCUCCAGCCUGCUUGUUAACAGCAAAGCUAGCAUAAAUGUUUGUGGUUGCCUUUCCCAAACUGCCCCCACCUGCCUGAGUGAGGCGAUUGGAAAUGCAGCUAUUUGGAGAAGUUGCUACUGAAGUGAUUGGGUCAUUUUUUUCUGUGUUAAAUGCCACCAACCCAACAGAACAGUAGCUGAAAUGAUACACUGUUGUAAUCUCAUUGUUAUCGUAUACACACUAUCCUAUCGUAUAUACAUUAUAUGGGAAGUGUGUGCUCAUCUAGUUAAGUCUCAAUGUUCCAAACGGAGUUCUAUAUGGAGAAGUGAUAAGAUUCAAAUGUAUUACACUCUUGGCUUUGGAAAUAGUAUAUUAUUUUAGUGGUUAGCCAUCUGGCUUCUCAAGUAUGUUUGGCAGAAGGCAGUCCUGACAUUUGGCUUCCAUCUUUUAGGCUGCAGAUAUCUGUGAUUCAGGAGAGAAGGGCACAGACCUUGCAAGGCAAAGCUAGUGUGGUGGAUGAUCGAUCAUUCCGACUACUUCUCAAAGAGGGCGUCUGCCUGCUGAGGGGCUAACGUAGACCAUGUCUUCGGGAGUCAGUGCUUGCUCACUCUGUAAUGAAACUUUGGGAUAUUUGAAGUUAUGGUUUCUCUUCUUUAGCUUAAGAGCCUUGUAAGCAUCUCCUACAUUAUAGAGAGGCUAAAGAAGGAACAAAUGUCUGUGUGUUCUCUUCUUAAUAUAAUCAAUCAAAUAUCAAGGUAGUUAGAGAAAUAUUAAUUCAGUAUGGAUUUAGUCCUAAGCCAACCAAAGUAUUCUUAACACUUGAAAAGUUAAUUAUCACAUAAAUAUUUUAAAAAUUCGCAUUGAAAUUAGUCCCUAGUGAAAGUGUAAAAUGUAACGCGAAGCUCUCCCGCUUCGGAAUGCUUUCCUAAGUGUAUCCAAGUUCAUGGGAAUGUAAAGAGCUUGGCUCUGGUCCCUUUUGGUCUGUGAUAUUUAUUUGCAAGUUUUUGUAAUAAAGUUAAUUAAAAAUUAAAAAUUCAAAAAACUUCGUGCAACUUGUUUACCUCUUUAAGACGAGGAACAUAGGGCAUUGUGGGUAGAAUUGCUUUACAACCCACUGCAGGUUCUUUUGUGAGGCGAAAUGAAUUCUCCAAACAAUAUCCUUUGAUUGACUUCAACAUAUCUUAUAUUAAACUAUAUUUGGACCUAAGCCAUAAUUAGUACAUAAGGAACUUUUAAAAUUAAUGUACACUUGUGACCUAUAAGAUUAAUUUAAAAAUAUUUAACUCAGUAUAAAAUAUUCAUUCAUACUUAUUUUCAGAUUUCCUGUUGCAUUUUGGAAAUACUUCCUCUGUUUCUUUUUCUUUUUUUCCCUUUUCUGUACUGUUUGUGUCACUGUUUUGCCCACCAGGAAUGAAAUAGAGGUUUGAUCUGCCACAUCCGCUUGUAUCUGAUGGGCUGCACAUCCCCUGAUAUAGACAAUGAACUUGAAGAUGUUUGGGAAAAACUGAUCUGUGCUGAGCAUACACAGACCCUGCUUUCCUUGUCAUUCCCUAGGCAGGAUGGCAUGGCUGUUUACGUGGCUUUUACAUUAUGUUAGCCUUGUGAGGACUCUGCAGCGCAUUUAAAGUUCACAGGUGGAUUUGUGGGUUACAUGCAGAUGUCGGGCCAUUUUAUAUAAGGCGUUUGAGCCUUCUUGGAACUGGACAUUCACGAGUCCCCACAGACACUCAGGGACUGCUUUGAUUGUUUUCCUAGUGCCACUGUUUGACUAAUUCUUAUCCCAUAGUUGACCUUUUAAAAAAAAAAAAAACUCUGUGUGUGUGUGUGUGUGUGUGUGUGUGCGCUUAUCUUCCUUUCUGUAAGAGAUCAUGAAUGCCAGUGCUGAGCCUAGGGAAAAUAUCAAAACAAACACGACCUUUGAUCCUUCCAGAGAUAACCAUCAUCUCUUAGUCAUACAGAUAAAAUUUCUUAGUCAUAUCUAACCAUAGAUACACACGUGCACUUUGCCAGAAAUUGUUAAAAUAUGUGUACACAAACUUGUAUCAUUUUAAGGGGAAAAGGGAGCUCGGUAUUGCUUCAGAGUGGUAGCUCUGCUCCCUGGAUUCUUCACAGGGACCUGUCAGUCAUUCUAGAGCCAGCACCUGGCUCAGGCUCUGCCGUGACAUUUUCAGUUGAUCCUUCCUUGUUUUCUUGGCUAGUUGCCCUUCAAACAGAAAGUUCAUCGCCUCUCCUCAGCUGCUAAUGUGAUUUACUUCGUGUGUCUAGGAAGUCAGGAUGGUUGCUGAUUUUAUUGUUUAGAGAGGACUGGCUUCUUGGUCUGAAGCCAGGGUGUUCCCAGCUGAUAGAAAACGGAACCCAGCAGCCCCCAUUUCAGAGAUUGCCAGGCUUAUGACUCAAAGAUACUUUACAGGCCAGGUUAAGCAAUUGUUAGGCCCCUCCUGGCACACGUCAGAUGCGAUGAUUGUCUAUUGAUUGUAAUCCAAAGAUUAUUUUGGCCCUCAUCUACAAACACAGAUGCCUUUUGAUCAGGAAAAAAAAAUGCAUUGUGAUAACUAACCUGCUGCCUGUACUUGAAAAGUAGUGUCUGAAUUAGUGACUACUGUUCUGAUUCUAUGUUAGAAUGUGUAAUUUCCUUAAUUUUCAGAACGGGAAGUGCAGUAUGUGCUUUCUGAACUCAGACCCACAGCAAGCAGUUGUUUAAUACAAAUGAAAAGGAGAUAGUGGCUGAGCUCUGUACAGUGGCAGUGUUACAGUAUCUUCCCCCAAGAUGAAACAUAGUAUCAUUUCUCACAGGUGAUGGAGAGCCACCUUGUCAUAGAAAAGGGAGACCUAACUAAUAAAGCCUUUGAACAAGCAAGCAGUUGUCCAGAUAGCCUGGAAGAUGUUAGCACCAGUGGCUGAAAGCUGUCAGGAGCCUCUCGACACCAGGUCUUAUUUUCUUAGGUUCCUGACAAGUACCUGACCUCUUCAUGCCUACACCAGCCGCACUUCAGCUUCUACUCAAUAUGAAAUACCUAGGAGUGAGGAAGAGUGAGCCUUGGCAGCCAGCUCAUUAGGGUGGAUUGUUUUCUUUACAGAUAAUUGGCAUCCUAAAAGGAGAACUCGUUUAAAUAAGUAGUUGUAAAGCAUUUUAGUUGGGCAUCAGCAGUUGUGCUAUUUGUGUGUGUGUGUGUGUGUGUGUAAUACUCCAAGAAACUUACUAUUUUAUCAAAAGGCACAACUCUAAAAAUGAAACCUACUGACGAGUUUCUAUGGCAACCACUCCUGAAAUGUAUCUGGCUGGUGUGUGUCUUUUCAUAAUUUUUCUUUGCAUGCUUUAAGGAGUUCCUUGAAUUUUUGUUCCUGUGAUGGGUGGAUAGAUGGAUAAUUGACAGAGGGAGCUACAUUUCCCUGGGAAGAAUUUAAGACUUAUGAAAAUUCCAUAGAUUUAUAAGGAAUAUUAUUUUGUGCUUAGCAUAAAUAAAUUUGACUAAGGAAGAUAUCUAUUGCUUUGAUUUAGUCUAAACAGUAAUGAGGCCCAUUAAGUAUUAAUGCAUGACCAAUUGCUUUUUAAAUUCAGACUCAUUGGCUGUCCCUGCAAGACCUUGUUGGGUGUUCCACUUUAUUCUGUGAUCAUUCCACACACCCCCACACCCCCACGCCCCUAACACACACCUUUUUCAGAGCCUUCAGUCUCUGUCUCAAUGGCGCUCUGCUCUGGACUUAACCUUCUCUAUAGCCUUCUUCCUUGUCAGAGGGUUUGUGGCCAGAACACACGGUAGAUCUUGAUAUUUCCUAACAGGUUCAUUCAGAAAAGUUGGCAAGAAGGGACUGUGGUGUAAUUCGGUGGUUUGGAGGGGUUGUUCUGGGAGACAUUUCUGUUCUCUCAAGCUCUGUCAUGCUACAAGCCCAAUAGAUAUGGCUAGAUGCUCUUGCAAUACAAAACAUGCUCACCGAGAGUAGUGGUGUCACAGCGAGCUCUCAGCACUUAUCUGGUUAAAACCAGAAGGAACCAUUCUGUGAGGUAUCUAAAGUGGCAGGAAAUAGAGGGAGUCUAAGGAAAUAAACUAUCCUGGGCCCAACAGCUGGGGAAUUUUGUGUGGCUUACAGAGAAGUCAGAGAACCAGGAUGUCUCUGAGCCUGUUAGAUACAUUUGGUCCUAGCAGCAUGUAGUAGGAAAUGAAUAUUUAACUUUGAAACACUUUUUUGUACUUUAAACUCCUCCCAGGCCUUAAAAACACUCUCCCUGAUGUUCCUGGGUAAGGGAGAAUAGCUUUGCCUAGGCUCCUGGCCACAUAGUCUCCAGCUUUAACAUUUAGCCCCAGUCCCUUCAAGACACAGACAGCCUUUUCCACUCAGCGAUCAGAACUUGGUGAUUUGCUUAGCCUAGCUGGCCAGGAAUAGGCCCUCUAUGUCCGUGCUACCAGGACUGGGAUUGCAGCAGUUCACUGUCGCUCUGCCUUUAGUGUGUGCAAGCCCUGGGAUAAACUUCAUCCACUGAGCCUUCCCCACAGCCUCAUGCAUCGUCUUGGUGUGACUUGUUUAAUCACAGCAACUUCUAUAAAUCAGCAGCUGUACUAACCAAGACUUUUUCUAUUGAAAAGUGCAGACCACUUAGUGCUUUGUUAUAUUUGAUAUUGGGCCAGGCAGCUGGCUAUAGCCAUGGUUGUCCCCUUUGAUGGACAGGAGCAGCAUUUCACAAAGGAAGCAAGGCAGAGAUGAGCAAACAGAGAUCACAGCAGGCAGUGGAGGUUUAGAAAAGGUGAGAUCAUUGGCCCAGGGUGGCUUAGCUGGUAAGUGGUAAAAGUCAGACUGGCUUCCAAAGCCAUUCGGAGUCUACCAUGAAAGACAUGAGCUUUAUGCAAGCGUGCAUGGUACUUCGGCCACCUCAUUAGCAUUAGGAUAUGGGACUGUUGGCCAAGAUGGCUUCCCUCAUUGCUGCUUGUCCUCAACACCUACAGUGACACCUUCAGUGAGCGAUCAACUGUACCUUGCUAUCUUUCUUCCAAAACUGUUAGACUAUUGUAUGGCCAGCUUCAUUCAUUUGACAUUUUUAUUGCUUUCCACUUCAAAAAGCAACCUUUUUCUUGACUUGGCCUCUGAUUCUGGAGAAAUCUUGACUGAGGUCCUGUGAACAGACAAGAGCUUUUCCAAGCUGUUUUCGUGCAGAGCUCUGCCCUUCCAGGAAGUGUCUCUUCAUCAGUGUUCAUCAGUUGAGGCAGCAGACUCUAGACAUGGCAUGUCUUCGUGCUCACUGUCACCUCUCAGUCUUACUGUAUGGACUCUCAGGGGGCGUGCUGCAUGGAAGACAGCCUAGACUUUGCUCUUGAUCUGUUUAUGAAGACAUUACAGUGUUUUUUCAGCAUUCCUGGAAUCAGUGACUGAAGCUCUGACCCUUGAUGUGUUUAGUCUUUACAUGUGUUCAUCUCUACAUCAAAAACAGAGGAAGCCACAGGAAAUUGCUGCCUGUAUUUCCAGGAAACUGAACUACAUCACCAGCUGCCCAAUCUGCACAGCCCAGAGUACCCUGGUGCAGGCAUCUGUGGCUGAUGAAGGUGGAGAUAAGGAGACGAGGAGUGGGACUCUCCUCAUCCUGUCGCUUCUCACUGUAGGCCCAGGGAACGCACGUAGAAUGCAUGUCUGGGCUUAAGGAAAAUUAAAAAAAAAACAACUUCAACCCUCAGUUUCUGAGAGCAUGAAUACUGGGUGAAGCGAGCUGUGUCCUGUGCCUGGCACACGCCGUUACAGUACUACUGUCUCAUCACCAGGGACUGAAGGGACAUCAUGUGAGCCUGUGGACGGAGUGGGGACUCUAAAGACAAUAAGCUACACUGACCACCACUGUUUUUAAAUAGUUUUUAAACCACUAUGUUUAUGCUGACAGUGGUUACAACAACUGCUGGUGUAGUGAGUGUUGCCUGUGGAAUACCAGGUAUUUGGUAAGGACUGUACAAGCGUUAAUUAAUCACACAAACUCUUCCAAAGCGUUCUCUUUGUCAUUCCAAAUUUCAGAUUUAAUACUUGAAACUGGCCCAUGGUCACAUAGGCAUUGAGAUACGCAAAUUUAAACCUAACUAUAUAUAUUUUCAGGCCAGUCGACCUAGGGGAUUUUUACUAGAGGUGGUGUCUGUAAGUACAUGCAGAUGGAAACCCACCAGCGCUCUCUGGGACAGGCUGGGGAGACACAGAAAGGACUCUGGUGCGGGUCUCACCUCAUAAAUUCAACAGGUGAUCAGAACGAACAUGAGACUUUCACAUUGCUAUGUGAAUUGAAUCGAAUGUUCUUCAUGAGCAUAUAGUUUCCCAUCCUUCGGACCAACGUGAGACAGACUGGAUCAGCAGUCAGCAAAAGCAGUUGAGGCUUAGCUGAAUAGUAGCCUGAAUGAGUCACUGCAAAAUGAUUUCAUUUGGGUCCAGAGAUGCUGCCUGUUAAACAGACAGCAGAAAGGAAGAAAAGUGUCUAAGAAUUAGACACAACAAAAGGACAUUUAAGGACUUGGUAGAAACUAGAUCUGAACUUUCUGGCAGCUUUUCUGAGGAUAGGAAGAAAGGGAAACUGGUCUUUAUUUCCUUUUGUUUUAGAGACAGGGUCUUCCUAUACAGCCUAGGCUGACCUCCAGCCUGCUAGAGGCCCAUUGCUGUCUCAGGCUCACAAACUCCUGUCUUAGCCUCCCAAGUGCUGGGCUUGUAAGUUUGUGCCAUCAUGACUGGCUGAUUUUCAAGUCUUAAAGGAAAAAGGAAAUCUGUUAAAAUUUUGGAAAAACAGCAUGCAAACUGGCAUAGAGAUUUGAGUUGGUUUAAAAUUGUUGGCUUAAAGCCCUUGGGAGUACUUCUUAUAAUACCCUUAAUUUUAGGGUUAAAAAUCUUACGUAGUAUGAAAUACUGUUCCUCUUAUAGACUGACUGGUUGGUUUGUGUAUAUUCCGUCUUAAUCUCUCUGUCGUCCUAGGUUUCUUGUUUAUCUCAUGGACAUUUUCCCAAUAACUUUUCUGGUAAUUGAGAAACAGGAAAAAUAGUUCUGAUGCUUGCAAGAUGGCAUUUUAGGGUUUUUUCCCCCUUAGUAGGUGGGAAUUGCUCAAAGGGGCUCUCCUCAUGGUUCCACUCAGCUCUGCUUCACCUGAGAGGAGGGGUGGCUGCCUGCAGGGGUGGGUUUUAACCCAGGUCUAUGUAAGCGAGCAGCCUCCCCUGGAGAACUGGUACAGCGUGGGGAUCAGGGGGAGUGCCUGGCUAACACAGAACGCUAUGCGUAUUUGGAGGUCAGCCUUAGAAGUAUUGCCCUCUCCUUCAGUGGAAAAGGGGUGAGAUUCCUAGAAGGCACACUUGCUUGUGCCCUCAGAAGGUUUAUAUCAUAGUCAGAUCCGUUCACUUUGGAUCGGAUGGAUAUACUGUGUCUGUUGAAGGCUGGAAGAUCAGCUUAUUUCCUCCUGUUGAGAAAAUAAUAAUGUCUGGCUUUCACUAGAAUUCUCUUCAUCGCCAAGACGCUUUAAAUAUGGACUAAUUAGUUAAAAUGGAGGAAAUCUGGCAAAAUAGCCUCUCUUUGAAAACCAGACUUAGAAUAUACGGUGAUUUGCUGUAUUUUUGGAACAGAAGCAACUAGAAGCCUUUUAUUAUUGGCUGUAAUAGCAAGCGGCAUCUCAUAUUAUGUUUGGCUGCUGACAUAUCAAAUUGCAUUUUAGUUGGUUGUUAUAACAUGAAAUAGUAGAAUAUGAGUAGACUCAAAAUGAGACUCUCAGCCGUGGGACAUGGAAUAGUUGACAUUAAGGGGUUGCCAUGGCAACUUGUCAGGAUGUCGCUUUAUAGUCUUUUGGAUUAGGUUCUGGCCCCGGGUCACUGUUUUGGAAUUGGAUGGGGGUUUGGUAGCAGGAUGCAAACGUCGUAUCUUUACUUGAUAGCAUUUACAUUUGUUGUUUGGUCAUGUUGCCAGGGUCAAGCAGAGAUGACACUGUCAGAACAUUUAAACUACUGCAGAACCAAGACAAGGCCACAUCUGCUAGUAAAAAAAGACUCAGAAUGUCUGAGACUCAGUAGCUGAAAGACAGGAUUUCCUGUCCUUGUCCACUGGAUAAAAAAUACAUAUGUGAGUGUAUAUGUAUCUGUGAGAGGUUAUAGGUAAUGAAAAAUUGAGAAAUUAAACCCUUUUAUAAUUGUCUUAUAGAAAUGGGGCUAAACACCCUUAAGCAACCAGUUUGGCCACAAAGCCAUUGAGGCUCAGCUGAAAAUGUCGUCAGAGGACUUGGGCAGAUCAUGGCUGGACUCAGUUGAGAACAAAGCACCAACACUUACCUCACUCCUCCUCACUUGGUCCUUAUCCAUGAGGACUGCAUCUUGGGAUAGUCCUGUGCCCCUGAGUGUGACCUCACCAGGGACAGGGGCCAUAUGGAAGACAGAGAGCUCUGAUUCUCAGGAACCAUGAUCUUGAACAAAACACAGUUCCCUCUGUGGGUCCCCUGGAGAGUGAAGGCGAUGAGCUGCCUGCCUUUGGUUCUGGUGGAAUUAUUUAUCAUCUUGCAGGCAUAGUCAAGUGUCCCCAUUGGCCCUUUGCCUGUUGGCCUGUGUGUCCACCCUUUGCCUGUUGGCCUGUGUGUCCACCCUUUGCCUGUUGGCCUGUGUGUCCAUCCUUUGCCUGUUGGCCUGUGUGUCCACCCUUUGCCUGUUGGCCUGUGUGUCCACCCUUUGCCUGUUGGCCUGUGUGUCCACCCUUUGCCUGUUGGCCUGUGUGUCCAUCCUUUGCCUGUUGGCCUGUGUGUCCACCCUUUGCCUGUUGGCCUGUGUGUCCACCCUUUGCCUGUUGGCCUGUGUGUCCACCCUUUGCCUGUUGGCCUGUGUGUCCACCCUUUGCCUGUUGGCCUGUGUGUCCACCCUUUGCCUGUUGGCCUGUGUGUCCACCCUUUGCCUGUUGGCCUGUGUAUCCACCCUUUGCCUGUUGGCCUGUGUGUCCAUCCCAACUUGACAGAACUGUCUGUUGUGGUUAGUGGGGCCUCCCGAUCAUUAAAUGAGAGAACAAAAGAAUUCUUCCCACCCCCAUCAUGUUUUGGGUUUUUAAAGUAUGGUUUCUAAACCAAGGAUGCUGUACGCUAAGGUGAGGAUAAAAUCCACACUGAAGAUGGCCAGUAACUGUGCAUCGAUCAGCUGCUGUCCACAUUUUCUGUAUGGAGACAGACAGUACCUUGGAUACACUAUAUCCUCUUUGUCCUCACCUUAAAGUCACAGGCAAACGACGUGCAUAGAACCGAGCAUAUCAGAUAUUCCCCAUAAUCCAAAAAGUUAACCUGUUGAUUAGGCUAAACCUCUUAUUAAAGGAGAUUAUCAAUUAUUUUCAAUUUUUUCUCCAGACAAACAACCUCUCCCUCUCUGCCAACUGUAUGAUGGCACAGUCAACCACUUGGACAUUUUCAGAUAGGUAGUGACUAGCGGCCCUGAAGCAUUCCUAGGAGGCAGGUUCUACUGUGCACAGUUGGCUGUAGACUGUCAGCUAGCGAGAGACUGCUGACCGCUUUCUUACUUAGGAGUGGCAAGCCACAUGCUCUUGUUUGCCAGGCCCCUAUCUACUAUCACACCGAGUUUCCUUACCCCAUGCUAGUCUCCAAGCCGUGAGUUCAUUUAAAGGCCCUUUAAAGGUCUGGCAACAGCAGAGUAUGAAGAUGAGAACAGAUUUAUUUUAUUUCGAGCCAGUAGAGUGAUUUUCCACUUUCAAGUGUUCAAGUGAAGCUUUGCUGAUCAACAUGACUUUUGCAGAUCAACAUCAGCUAACCUCGACAUAAAUCAUCACACUCUUUCCUCUGUGAGCUAAGCCUGAACCAUGGUCGCCUGAGACACGACCCCAGAGCCUAGGUGCACAUUGGAACUACCUAUGGGAUCUUGAAAACCACUUUCACUUCAGACACCUGAAAUUUUAGUGUGGGAUGUGACCAAGACAGCAGGGGCUUUAAGAUCUCCAAGUGAUUCUUCUGAGACACCAUAUUUGAAGCAGCGACUUGAGAAUGUGCCAUGAUUGUUUAUUGUAGUUGUUUGAACCUGAGGAGACACUGGAGUUCCUAUGUGGAUGGAGCUGAGUUUGCCCUCUGAUGGAGUAUUACCACUAUCCCUCCCUUGUGUUUCAGCCAGCAUGAUUUGGGCUUAAUUAGCUCAUUUCACUAUCUACCUCUGAGCUCUACCUCAAAUGAUGUCAAACUGUGGGUCCUCCCCCAAGGACACUCAAUGAAGACAACCUGUGAUAACCUGAGCCCAGACUUUUUAUCCCAGUUUGACUCUCUUAGGAGAAAUAUCUACUCCCUUUCAAUUGUUUUACCCUCGAAACAUUGUUAUUUUUCUUCUAAGGGCAAAGUUAACACCUCUCCUCUAUAACUGGUGGUUCUUUUCCACAAAUAUUUGAUCAUCAUAUUCACCGUUGGAUGGCAACAACUGUCCUGUAGUAGUUAAUAGUAUCUUAAAUGUAACAACAUGGUCAAGAGUUGGAAACAAUGUAAGAAAUAAGUCAUAUUAGCCUCGGGGGUUAGCACAUUCCAGUUAACAUGACCAAUUGGAAAAUUACAGUUGCAUUAUAAAAAAUGUACUAAAGCAGAGGAUAACUUUGGGUCGCUUACAGACACCCUUGCCUAGCUUAGAAAUCCUUACUGCCCUAGGUGGAUUUUAAUUGGAAGCAUUUAAAUGGAAAGGUGUGUUGUACGAUGAGUACAGGGGGAAUUUGUGGUGAAGGCUGGGGUGGAAGGUGGAGUUUUGUAGCCACUUAACUGGGGAUUGAGUUUGGCAAAUAAUAAGGAGUAAAGGUGGCUGUUUAAGUCAGAUUUAACAACGACAAAAAAUACUUUUGGAAGACCCCCCAAAAGGGGAGGGCUUAUGAAGAGUUCGAGUUUUUUCUUUGUGCAAAUAUUGAUGUCCAGUUGUCUAACUGUACUGUUGUCUUAGGUUAUAAACAAGGCUGUAGUGUAGGCCUGCUUCUUGUGAUUUUUCUUGAGGCUAAGUUUUUUUGAAAUUAACUCUGCUUCUAAGUUUUGAAAUUCUCUCAUCCUGCCAUCUGUGGCUCAGUGCUGUAAUACCUAGGAAGAAAACAGGACAGGGGUGGGGGUGGGGUGGGGAGCUUUGCUUUUGAAAGGGGGAGCUAGAGCAGGCAGAGAGCUGCCAUGGUCUUUUCUCUUUGUUGGGGAAUUAGAACUCCCGAGCAAAUGGCUCCACCCCUCAUUUUUGUGAGCUGUUUCCCUCCAUAUUUCCUAAUUUUUCCCAUGACGUUUUUGCCUGUUUCUUCACGAGAUUAUGAGGCCUGAAAGACCUCAUUGUUUGAGAGUGUGAGCUUGUGCGCAUUGCGGGUCUGGCUGCCUUGGGUCUGAAUGUGGGUGGUGCAUCCUGCUGGGCCAGACUCAGUGGAGAGUAAGGGAGACAGGGAGAAACACUGCUCACACUGAGGCCAUGGACUGGAGAGCUAUGCUGCCUUCCCAGUGUCAUUCCUAAACCGCAGUUGGAAGAUCUUCCACUAAGGGAUUAAUGGAAGAUCAGAUGGAUAAAGGCUUAUGCAGAUCCAGCCUUGCCACCAAAUAAAGUGAAUCUUUCAAUCCUGUAAUGCACUCAACACUGUUGAUAGCCUGCCUGGAUUCUGAGUUCUGGAGAGGCAGACCAGUCCCACUCAGCGUACUUUUUGAGGGUAUAAAAUAUUAAUUUUAGUAUGGGAAAAAUGGAAUGAUAGGUGACCCCCAACUAAAGUUAAAUAUAAUUCAUUUUUAAGUGAAGAAAAAGGGGGUUGGUAUUAAUGGGACAUUCUUUAAGGAAGGGAAUGUAUUGAGACAGUGUCUCACAUUUGUAGCUCAGGAUGUCCAGGAACUCAGCCUUCCUGCUUCAGCCAUGGUCUUUUCUCUUAAGUUCUGAGAUUCGCAGUGUGAACCCCGUGCCUGAAUUAAAGAAGGUAAUAGAUGAUCUUAGUGUUACAUCUGAAGGAAGUGCGUCGGUAUUCGAUGAACAGUAAUACCCUUAAUAUUAGCGAUGACAUUGGGGCCACCUGCUAUCAGGGCUGAGUCAGCUGUGCACCUGUCUGGCAACCCCACAUUCGCUGAGUCUACUGGUGGCUGGGAUGGCUGAGGUAGAAGUGUCAUCUACUCCUCAGAAAGCAGCAAACGUCAUCUCGAGUCAGAGCUGACUUCAAGCAUGUAGAAGCACACCACUGCCCAGAGUAAAACUGGAAAGAGAAUGGAAGAGGUUUCUCUGAGGAAAAUACAGUAGUGCUUCCGCUCAGCGCAAUGCCAGCAUUUUACAAAACCGAGGCAAACCUUGUGGCCUUCUGCCUGAAACCUGCCAGUUGCUUGCUCCUCACUGGAACCUUAAGGCAACCAGUGAGCCCAGAGCCCCUUGGCUUCUCUUGCCUUAUUCCCACCCUUCUCUCGGCUCUCUUCUCCAGACACUGGGUCUCCUCACAGUUUCUGUGGAACACACAGACAAGCUACUCUUUUUGGACAUAAAAGGGUCUGAGACUGAGCCUUCCUUUCUUCCCCAAGCAGGCCUUAAACUCACAGUCAUGCUCUCUUGGGUUCUGGGUACCUGUGUUGCAGAUAUGUGUAACCACACCCAGACCAGCAUGGGCUUUCAAGUCCUUCCCCUGAAGCCAGUGGUACUCAAGCUUCAGGUCCCUUAGAUUUACCUCGAAGGCCUCAAACUGUUGUUUCUGACCAGGGGACAGGUUUCCAGGUCCUUGGGACAACAUGCUCUACAUGAUAGUGUGUUCUUGGUUUACCCACCUUGUGUCUCCUCAAUGAGGCCCACCCUGGUUAGUCUCUGUGAAACUACAGCCAUGUAUGAAACUCCACACUUCCGAGUUCUUCUGACUCCAGUAUGCUUUUUGUUGCUCUUGUUGCCUAAUAACAAAACAAUAGUUAUUGCGAACCUUAUCUGUGUCCAAUAUCUGUCCUCAGACGUCUGUCCUUCGUCUGUCUGUAAAGGUAGGAAUUUUGUAUUUUCCUUCGAUGAUGUGUCCCAGAUUUCUCAGAGUGUGCCUGGCAUUUGAAGAGUGAAUGAAUUGUUAAGGAAUUAACCAAUGAGAAACACUGAGACGUGAAUACUGUAUCUCAGAUGUCGGCCCCAGCUCCUUCAGUCUGUCGUUAGAUGUUCUCCAGAUGCUGUCGGGAGCUUCAUUUCUCAGAUUCUCUGCUUCCAUGGCAAUGAGAAAUGGUUAUUCCUCUUGGCUGAUGUUUGGGCCUAACCUGAUGAUCCUCAUGUAGGGCUACACCAGUGAUUCUUUUUAAAUUUAUAUUUUAACUUCAGAGUGCUUACUAAGCCAAUGGCCUUCAACCUCUGGUCUGUUUUAGUUCCCUGGAUUUGAAGGCUCUGUAAAUAUUUAAUUUGUAUUUCACCUUAGUACCUUAAAACAUCUUUCUGAUUAUAAUUUUAAAACCACUCACUUAAUACAUUACCAAAUUUGAAUGCACUGAAAUGUUGAAUUAGAUUAUCAAGGUAACUUGAAAAUCGUGCUUCCCCCCCCCAUUUCCCCCCUAAUUUUUCCCCUUAAUUUUCUCUUCUAUAGCUGAAUUUCUCACAAAUUGUUCUAGAUUAUGGAGGGAAGAGCUUUUAUCAUCUUACUGUCCAUCAAGGCAGGAACCUGAGGAGAAUUCCCAGAGGAACACUACUUACAGGCUGACUGGACACAUCUACUCAGCUAGCUUUCUUCUGUAACUCAGAACUCCCUGCCCUCCCUGGGGUGGGGAUGGGGGUGGGGCAGCAUGCUCAUGGUGGCCGAUUCCCUUCUCCAUCAAUGGGCAACCAACAAAAUGCCCCACAGAUACACUUACUGGCCGUUCCAAAGGAGACAGUUCCUCACUGGAGAGUCCCUCUUCCCAGGCGUGUCAUGUUGACAACUGGAAUUAGCAAGCCCAGAAGUUACCACUGCUCAGGAACUUGCAUAGCCGUGUUGUAUAGAUUCUAGCCUGAUUCUACUCAUAAAUUGAGCCAUCAGAUUGCUUCUGUCACACUUAUUCAGCAAGUGGAUCACCUGCCCAGGCUUUGGAGCCCUGUGGGCUGCAGUCAUCUGUGCAGGUUGGCAACCCAGAGACCGAACUCACUGUAUGUCUCAAAUGUUCCUUGUUUUAAGGAGUUUGAACAGUUGUUGGACUACACACUCAAUUAAUUACACAAGUUAUUAAACUUUGCAAUUAAAUCUGACUUAAUUUUUUAAGCAUUUGGAGGAAUUUGAGGCAGAAUAGCAAAUCAUCAAAUGAAAGACUGCAAAGCCUGGCAAAACCUGGCUAGCUUGCUUGUCACGUCUGCUCCUCUCCGGAAUACGGGGCAGGCACUGCCCAUAGUGUUUGACCUAGCAAAGCAUUCAGUUUUCUUCCUGUCAAGUUGGAUUCUGAGCCAGCAAUAAGAGAGCAGAGAGCCGGGCCUUGUCUGAAAAUUUCUCCACAUUUUUAUCAUACGGUUCAGAUAGUGAGUGAUCAAUCUCUGUGGUUGCCUGUAUUGGGAUUUUCUUAAUUCAGCACAGCUGAAUACAAACAGGAACUCAAAUCCUGAAUCAUGUCAAGUCAGUUGGUGUGGACUCUGCUGCCUGAAAGACCCACUCCGAACCAAAGCAGAAGUCUGUUGAAUACUUUAUAGAAAAAAAUUCUAAGUUACAUUUAGCAUCUUGUAGGCCUCUAAGACAUUCCUCUCCUUUGCUAUUCAGUCCCCGACAUCAUAUUCGAGCCCCUCAGAAGUAAUGCUUGUGGCCAUGUGUUGUGUGUGCGCUGGUAGGUAGGUACAGGACGAUCGUGAGUCCGAGGCCUGCAAGAGCUUCCUAGUGAUGUUAAGGUCAGCAUGGACCCCACACACUAGAGAUCCUGUCUUGGAAACAACAGAAGGUUCAGCUGUCCCAAAGCUUUGCCGCCCCUAGUGCGUAGCACUGCCUCACCCAUGAGCAAUACUUAGCAAGGGUUUAGUCAAUAGCUUUUACUCAACUGCAGAGACAUAUCUAGAUUUUACCUUAAACAUGCAUUCAGUGACAUUUCACUGAAAACAUGCGUUAUAACAUUAAAACACGUAUACACAGAUACGCAGACACACAGAGAGACAACCUACCACUACCACCACCAACAACAACAAAUAACCACAUCCCUAUUGGACAUUUCCCUUUCUUUCAUCUCUCUAAGUGACAAGUCUUUUUUCCCCCUGAUUUAUUUCUAGAAAUAUCCUUUGGUUGACUCUUUCAGGCCACCCUAUUUUUCCUGUCCUGGCCCUAAGCUAUAACCUUUUCCUCAUUCUUGGCAUUGACUGUGCAAGCAGCUUAAAUCCAUUUCCCAGACUCAGCCUCCCUCUCCUACACUUGGAUCUUGUGCUAUUGCUUAUGAGAAAACAUCUGUACAUCCUUUGACCUAUACUGUGUAUAAAAUCUGUAUCUCUGCUGCCCAGCAGUCACCACUAUCCACAGGUAGCCAAAGUCCUGGAAUUAAGACUAGUGCACAUUGGUAGAUGCUAUAUGUGAACAGUCCAUAUUAUUUCAAGAGCCAGUGUAAAAUGUAAAAUAUCUCAUUAAUAAUUUGUAUAUUAAGACAGAGCAUAUUAAAAUAAUAUAUGCAUACUGUUGUACUAUAAUAUAUAUUACUUAUAAUAUAUAUUUUAUAUAUAUUUGGGCUAAUCAUCUGGGUUAUUUCCUAAAGCUUUCUAAAUUACAAGUUCUCUUUGGCAUCAUUCUCUAAAACCUGCAAAAACAGAAUCUUAAUGGCUCUGUUAGCUAAUGCAGCGUAUAUUGUGAUUACGAAAGUAUGGAUCCACAAAGGCAGUGGGCUUAAGAAGUUUGCAUAGUUAGUGGCCUUCCUGGCACCCUUGUUAGACUGAAUAAACAGAACUCCCUGACAGAUCCUCUCCAGUCUACCAUGUGGGACAAUCUGACAUUCUGGUGAGUCACUUUCUAAUGAUAGUCUUUCUUUCGUUUUUUCGUAUGUAAGAAACCAGCGUUUUAAAUAAGAUGUGGCAAAUAUUAAUCCCUAAUUAAUGAUCUCUUAAUGCAGCAAAAUGAAUUGCAAUUUCUACAGAAACAAGGAGACAAUUUUUAUGUAUAUCAGAUACCCCAAUAUGCAGUUAAAAGAGUAUAGAGUGCUUCAAAUCCUGUGAAGGCGAAGCUCUAGGAAAAUCCUAUCAGUUCCAACAGCAUGUACCAUUUCUGCAUGCUGUUAAAGUGCAGGCCUGGGGAAGCAGCUAUGUUGGCAGAGUACUUAUCUAGCAUGAACAAAGCCCUAGGUUUGAUCCGCAGCACCACAUCACCCAGCAUAACACACAUAACACAUUUGUAAUCCCGGCAUCAGGGGUUCAGGCAAGAGGAGGGAGAUUAUUUUUGCUGUGUGCUUUCACCCCUGGAAAAUGCAGAAGGAAGAAGGCAUUCUUCGGUCAGUCAUCAGUUGCCUGAAAAUGGCUGCGAGCUCCUGUUCCAGAGUGCCUGCCUCAUCUGUCUCCCUGUUUCGUGUCUUGAAGUGGAAAGAACCAUCAGAAAAUUAAACAAUAGCAGUCGAAUACCUAGGAGCAGGAGGGAUUGAUUCCUGAAGUGAGUCAGGGGUGUGUCAUCCUGUGUGACACUGACACCAAGCUAAUUGAAUGUUGAGACAAACAUGCGUUUGCCUGUGUGUGUGUGUGUGUGUGUGCGAGCGAGUGCGCACUCACACAUGUGUGAGUUAAAGCCUUCCUGUCAGUAUGUGAAGUGACUGUGAAGGGCACCACAGCAAACUCUGGUUCUAUCAAGAAUGUACCUAUUUUUAACAUGCUGGAUCAAGUGUCUGCAGUCAUAGGGGAUGAGGAAGGAGUAGAGAAUGUGUGUGUGUGGGGGGGGGGAGACUGACUUGAGGAGAUUCUGUAAAGGACCCUCUGGCGUGUUUACAGUUCAGCUGUGCAUUCUUAAUGGCUCCACUGCUGCCAGGUCAGGUAACAUUUUCUUUGCAUGUGAUGAAUGGCAGAGAAUUCUCUUGCAAGGGAACCAAGGAGCUGGGAGGGGGGAAAGGGGAGGACAGGGAUAAGAAACACACAGCUCCAGAGGGGUACAGCCCUUGCUUUGCAGUUGCCUGUGUGGAUAGAAACCAGAUGGCAUGCUGGAACACCCGCUUGGCUAUCUGAGGAGCCAAACAUAUGGCUAAUGGUGGGGAGAGCGAGCCUCAGAGCCAGAGCUUUGCUGAUGUUUCAUAUUACAGAUUGUUACAGUGUGUCAUUACAUGGCAAACCUAAGUGCUUAAUACCCACUGCAGGCGCUGGCCAUACACUUACAAGAAGGACUGUUAACUCUUUGCUGGCUCUGAAUGGAGGAGUGACAUCAUCGGGAGACUGAAAAUGUCUGGUGUGGAGGAGAAUUUUGUAGUGGAAACAAUAUUGUUUUAAAACGUGAGAAGCCAUCACUCCACUGAAUUCAGCUGUGCUCUGAGAACCUUUUUGUACGAGACUUUAUUUCCCCUUCUCUUCCUAUUUCUCUUUCUUUCUAACACACACACACACACACACACACACACACACACACACACACACACACACACUGAGGUUGGGGGGGGUGCUAAAAUCAAAAUCCAGGCUGCGACACCACUCUGGUGGGUCAGACAGCAUGAUCACCUGGAAGCCACAUAGCUGCACUCAGAGGUCGCACAUUUGAAGUUUCUGUUUGGGAAGCUCUGGGCAACAGCAGGUCUGUGUUAUCUGAGGAGCUGCUGAGCCCAUUCAUCUGCUUUUCACAGCCCGCUUCCUUUUAUUUUUAGCCAGAUCCGUCAGGCCUGACAGGCGGGUAAUUCGAGCCAGAGGAAGGGCAGCGCUCCAAGUCCUUUCCACAAAGCAAUUCUUCUCCUCCCUCCUGGGAGGGCUCCAGACUUGGCCUGCUUCGGGCAGAUGGAUUUGUUGAGUCAUGUGAGAGAGAGCAUUUACACAAAAACACAGUGAGGCAGUGGAAAUGAGACAGAAAGAAGGAAGGAGAGAAAAAAAGAAAGAAAGAAAGAAAGAGAGAGAGAGAGAGAGAGAGAGAGAGAGAAAGAAAGAAAGAAAGAAAGAAAGAUAGAUAGAUAGAUAGAUAGAUAGAUAGAUAGAUAGAUAGAUAGAUAGAUAGAUAGAUAGAGUAGAGCAGCCAAAGCAGAAAGGAGGGUGAGUGAGCCAGGGAAGCUUGUGGCCUGCAGCGUGCAGCCUAGUGCAGGAAUUCUGCAGCAGUCAGUGCCCGAGGAAUGCCAUAGAGGCUCUUGUAUAUAAGCUGUCUGCUUCGAGAAGUGAGGGUUCUGAAACAAGAAGGACCUUCAGGAGCUGCUCCACACUGUGACAUGUCUGAUCCCUUGUGCCCGUCCCUGCAGCAUGAACAAGGUGGACACUCACUGAUCUAUCACAAGAUUGCCUCACUGAGUUUGGGGGUCCAUGUCUGAAUGGAUUGCUGUAGCCUUCUCAUCUCUUCCUCUGCCCAGUUCCCAGCAUCCUAAGACUCGAAGCCAGGACAGGACCUGGGGAAAUUAUAUGGUUUGAACGGCAUGUCUGUGGAUGAGAAGCCUGGCUCCCCCAUGUAUGUAUAUGAGUCCACAGUCCACUGUGCCAACAUCCUCCUGGGCCUCAAUGACCAACGGAAGAAGGACAUUCUCUGUGACGUGACGCUGAUCGUGGAGAGGAAGGAGUUCCGAGCCCACCGGGCUGUGCUGGCCGCAUGCAGUGAAUACUUCUGGCAAGCACUGGUUGGACAGACGAAAGAUGACUUGGUGGUCAGCUUGCCUGAGGAGGUCACGGCCAGGGGCUUUGGGCCACUGCUACAGUUUGCCUACACUGCCAAGCUGUUACUCAGCAGAGAGAACAUCCGGGAGGUCAUCCGCUGUGCUGAGUUCCUGCGCAUGCACAAUCUGGAGGACUCCUGCUUCAGCUUCCUGCAGACCCAGCUCCUGAACAGGGAGGAUGGCCUGUUUGUUUGCAGAAAGGACAGUGCGUGCCAGCGCCCCCAAGAGGACCAUGGGAAUUCUGCAGGAGAAGAGGAGGAAGAAGAGGAAACAAUGGACUCAGAGACAGCUAGGAUGGCUUGCGCCACAGACCAGAUGCUCCCAGACCCCAUCAGCUUUGAGGCCACUGCCAUCCCAGUAGCAGAGAAAGAAGAAGCCCUGCUCCCUGAGUCUGAGGUACCCACAGACACCAAGGAAAACUCAGAAAAGGGUGCAUUGACCCAGUACCCUAGAUAUAAGAAGUACCAGCUCGCGUGUACCAAGAAUGUCUACAGUGCACCCUCACACGGUACCUCAGGGUUUGCGAGCACAUUCAGUGAAGACAGUCCUGGCAAUAGCCUCAAGCCGGGGCUCCCCAUGGGACAGAUUAAAAGUGAGCCACCCAGUGAGGAGACCGAGGAGGAGAGCAUCACCCUCUGCCUGUCCGGAGAUGAGACCGACAUCAAAGACAGACCAGGAGAUGUCGAGAUGGACCGAAAACAACCCAGCCCUGCCCCUACCCCCAGUACCCCUACUGGAGCCGCCUGCCUGGACAGGUCCAGGAGUGUGUCCUCGCCUUCCUGCCUGCGGUCUCUGUUCGGUAUAACGAAAGGUGUGGAGUCCACUGGCCUGCCCAGUACAUCUCAGCAACCCUUAGUCAGGAGCUCAGCGUGCCCUUUCAACAAGGGGAUCUCUCAGGGUGACCUUAAAACUGAUUACACCCCUUUGGCAGGGAAUUACGGACAGCCCCACGUGGGCCAGAAGGAUGUGUCCAACUUCGCAAUGGGGUCGCCACUCAGGGGGCCCGGGCCGGAGACUCUCUGUAAGCAGGAGGGAGAGCUGGACCGCCGGAGCGUCAUCUUCUCCGCAAGCGCGUGUGACCAACCGAACACUCCAGUGCAUUCAUACUCUGCGGUGAGCAAUUUGGACAAAGACCUUUCGGAGCCGGUGCCAAAAAGUCUAUGGGUGGGAGCUGGCCAGUCCCUCCCCAGCUCCCAGGCUUACUCCCACAGCGGACUGAUGGCUGACCACUUGCCAGGAAGGAUACGGCCCAACACCAGCUGCCCGGUGCCAAUCAAAGUCUGUCCUCGCUCACCUCCGCUCGAGACCAGGACUAGGACCUCCAGCUCCUGCUCCUCGUAUUCCUACGCAGAGGACGGGAGUGGGGGCUCCCCCUGCAGCCUCCCUCUCUGUGAGUUCUCCUCUUCGCCCUGUUCCCAGGGAGCCAGAUUCCUUGCCACGGAACAUCAGGAACCAGGCCUGAUGGGAGAUGGAAUGUACAACCAAGUCCGACCCCAGAUUAAAUGUGAGCAGUCUUACGGAACCAAUUCCAGUGACGAGUCUGGAUCAUUCUCGGAAGCAGACAGUGAGUCGUGUCCUGUGCAGGACAGGGGCCAGGAGGUUAAACUUCCUUUUCCUGUCGAUCAGAUCACAGACCUUCCCAGGAACGACUUCCAGAUGAUGAUCAAAAUGCACAAGCUAACCUCAGAACAGUUGGAGUUCAUCCACGACAUCCGGAGGCGGAGUAAGAACCGCAUUGCAGCCCAGCGCUGUCGAAAGAGGAAGCUGGACUGUAUUCAGAACUUGGAAUGUGAAAUACGGAAACUGGUGUGCGAGAAGGAAAAACUGUUGUCGGAGAGGAAUCACCUGAAGGCGUGCAUGGGAGAGCUCCUGGACAACUUUUCCUGCCUCUCCCAGGAGGUCUGUCGAGACAUCCAGAGUCCAGAGCAGAUCCAGGCCCUGCACCGCUACUGCCCUGUCCUCAUACCCAUGGAUCUCCCUGGAGCCAGUGUUAACCCUCCUCCUGUGGGUGUUGAGCAGAGCCUUGCACCCUCCCCGUGUGCAGUAGGAGGAAGUGUACCCUGCUGCCUGGAGCCAGGGGCGGCUCCCCCCGGGCUCCCCUGGGUGCCCAGCAACACCUCUGAGAAUUGUACCUCUGGGAGGAGGUUGGAAGGCAGUGACCCUGGAACAUUCUCAGAACGAGGACCUCCCCUAGAAGCCAGGAGCCAGUCUGUGACGGUGGACUUCUGCCAGGAAAUGACUGAGAAGUGUACAACGGACGAACAGCCCAGGAAAGAUUAUGCCUAGCCGGUGUGAUCAGCUCUGCCCUACCCACCACCCUACCCCCGGGUCUUCACACCUCUCUCAUCUGGGUGUUCUUCUGCCAGCCAGUGGCGCUGUUCAUCUGUGUCUUGAAGAACCAAGAGCGAAUUUGGUGCACACUACAGCAGUCUUAGCAGCAAUACUGUUUCGAAGUAUUCCCUCCUCUCUCUAAGCAGGAGUGCUAGUUACCUUCAUAAUGGUGCUACCCCUUGCCCUGGCAAGGAAGACAACAGUGUCGACACUGUCUGUCUGUGGGUUCAUUGCAAACUUCACAGGGAUAGACUACACCUCUAGGACCCAACCACGGAUUUUUUUUCUCAGUGGCCCAUGUCACAAACCCUAUCUCAGGAAUUUCUUCUGAAUGUUCAAUUUUUUUCAUUGAAGACAGCUUCUAUACACAUCAAAGUUUUAUAGCUAUACUGUGUACAUAGUAUAUAUAAUAUAUAUGAAAUAUAUAUCCAUAUGCAAAAAGUCCUGCAUGCCUCAAUUUUCUCAUCCCUGAAACUGGAAGCUUCACUUAUCAUUUACAAACAGGUUCCAACAUUCCUCUUUUUGUGUCUGGUGCCAGAACUGGUUUGGAAGCUGUUAACAUGGCUGUUUUGCUUGCUGCACAAUUCGGUUUCCAUCUGUGCUUAUUUACAGACAAAAUUCAAUGUUGGGAGAUGCUUCUCAAGGUUCAAUCUCAGACCUUUUACUUUCGUUGGUUUGGUUUUGGUGCCGCCGAACGGUGUCAGGUGAGCACCGUGAGUCCGCUCUUCUCCCCUUGUGUUUUCCCCUCGUCUCUGCGGAUACUGUACAGCAAUGGUCAACUUUGCCACUUGCACUGAGUUUUGAGUCAAACCUAUUUUCUUAAAUGAAGUUGUAACUUCGGUAUAACUCAAGUAUAUUGUAUAUUCUUUGCUUUUAGUUAAAAAAAAAAAAGUAAAACAUUUUAGCUAAUUAAAAAGCACUCAGGUGAUAAUUAUGUAGGAAAAAAAAAAAAAACAAUCUUGCCAAAUAAUGAACCCAUCCUAGGAUGUGUAGACAAUAAUCUGCUUGAAUAUUUUUGUAGCUCACUUCCUCCCCACGUUUCCCCAAGUAAAGCUGAAGUGCAGAUGAUUCAGAGCUGACACUGGAUGCUCAAGUCCUCCACAGGGACAGAGCGGAUGGCUCGAAGGACUGCAGAGCAAAAGAGCGGGAGCCUGCGGUGGUGUGUUAGAACGCCACAGGCACUGGUGAGGAGACAGCAGGGGAGGAAUUCUCUUCAUUUAAGCAUUUCUUUCUGGCCUCUGCUUAGACAGCGCUCAGAAAUGCCAUGUGGUAGGGCCUGCUUCUUUGAAGGUCACAGCUAACCAACCCCCAGCUUUCCUGCCCAGGCCUGGCCUCAGCUUUCAGUGGCAGCCCCCUAGAUUAAUUGAGCUCACCAAGAGUAGGAAAGAGAAUGGCAGAAUGGAGCCUGGGAUCCACAAGGACUUAGGCUAAUGCAUUUCUUUCUUCCUUUUACCCUUCCAAUGCCCUCUGUACUCUUGAGGUUUUGUUCUGCACCCCCCCUCCCCCAAGUCUCUUGUCUGAAAGCUGCUUCAUCGAGGCAUAGGACAGAUACCGUAGGAGCCCUCUGCCCUCUGCCCAAGCCCUCCACCCCUCACCCCCACCUUUCUCCCACCCCAGGUAAUAAUCUGCUUCCCUUCCUAAAAACUGCUUGGUUUGCAGAUCUGUCGAGCAGCUUCCUUGGCCCCAGGGUAUCCUGGUGCAAGCCAUGUUUACAGGAAGGCAUGCCCCAGGGGUCAGCUCCCUCCUCCCAAAUGGUCUCUAUCUAUCUGCUUCUGUUCAGCAGCCUGGAGACCACUCCAGCUGUGCAAGGUUAUCCAGAAAAGUCUGAUGUUGGGAUAGGGUAGAGGGUAAUGGGGACUAGAUGGAUGGUUGACUUUGUUUCUUCCUCUGUGCCAUUGUUUGGACAAUAUUAAAGCUGCAUGUAAAGGGGAAAGUAAUGUAUGACUAGUAGGCAAAAGUGAAACCCUAGUGACACGUUCUAGUAGUACUAACUUCUUUCUGUACCUGUAGUAGUACUAAAGGUUUAAGUAUGUAUGAAUGCCAGAAGUUGUUGAUUCAUGCAGUAGAAUUUAAGGGGAAAUUUACUUCUUUUAAAAUAGGUCCAUUUUUUAAAACCUGCCUCUGGGUUUUGAGAGAGAGAGAGAGAGAGAGAGAGAGUGUGUGUGUGUGUGUGUGUGUGUGUGUGUGCAGAUUUUGAUACAGCUAUGUUGGAGCUGCCAUCGUUGUUACAACGUUGGUACUUCCUGGUCUACUCUAACAGUUCCCUUCACCAGAGGCAUGUCUCCAUGAAAAGCAGGUAAAGCUAACGUUUAGCUCCUUGCGAAUCAUGGGGUACUCACAGUUGCCUGUUAUGGUACAGGAGUCAGCAGACAGUAUUUUUUUUUUUAACUCUCUUAUUGCCUUUUUAAGUGACCUCUUCUAAAGAAACAGAAGGCUUGUAUUCUGCUCAGGCCAUCAUCAGUGCGGAGAAGCCUCUCUGCUUGUUUUAUGUUUUCCCAGCCCGUGUGCAGCUGGAGGUCUUGCCACAUUCCACAGUUUACCCACUACGUUUCUGUUGCCAGUAGCUCAGACCCAUGGCAGCCACUUCCAGGGUGGGGGCCAGGGCGUCAGGUCUCCUCGUUUCUCUCUGCCCUAACUCAGCCCUCAUCUUCCUCGUUUUCUUUUCCUCUUCCACCCCAUCUGUGCCAUGGAAACUAGCAUUUUCAAAGGACUCUAAAAACUCCUAUUUCUUUGUUGUUGUUUUUUUUUUUUUUUUAGUUUGGUUGGUUUUUGGGGUGUUUUGUUUUGGUUUUGUCUUUGUUUUUUGAGACAGGGUUUCUCUGUAUAGCCCUGGCUGUCCUGGAACUCACUCUGUAGACUAGGCUGGCCUCGAACUCAGAAAUCCGCCUGCCUCUGUCUCCCAAGUGCUGGGAUUAAAGGCGUGCACCACCACCGCCCGGCUUCUUUGGUAUUUUUAACAAGUAAUUUUAUUCAGUAUCCACCAGGAACAGCAACUGGCUUUGUGUAGUUGCUCACGGGGCAUGUCCGUGUCUUUUACUGUUCCAAACCAUUGCUUAUCAAAAUUGUUUCUGAGUUGAUUCAAAAGGAGACCUCACUGGGGACCAGAAUCUAAGUUCUUUAAGUGGAAUUCAGACGUCCCCAGUCUGUCCUUCCCUGGAAUCCCUCAGUCAACCACAUUCCCUCUGUAGAAAAGAAAGGGGAAGAGAAGAGAGGAGAGUGUGUUUUAAAGGAACAUUUAGUUGUGUGUUUGAAGGUCUUUUCUUUCAACAAUACAGGACACUCCUAUCCAAACCCAGGCCUCCCCCUCGGAGCAGCCUCUGUCCUCCUGUGUCUCUGAACAGCCUCCUUCAGGUUGCCCAGGCUGUGGGCAGGUGUGUGCUUUGCCGAGUUGUGUUUGUGUCUCUGCGUUAUCUGGGGGGUGCCUUGAAUAAAGUACAACUUCAUGACUUACUGAUUCUGGAACUAAGCAGUUUCAAAAAAAAAAAAAAAAGCUUUUUCUAAAGUUAGCAAAGUUACUAGACCAUCCUGCAACUUCUCUUCCAGGUUCCCCAACAGUGACUCAGGCAUCAGGGCUGAUGCUGCAGUAGAGAGCGUUAUUUUUCUGUCCUCCGAGUAAUUUAUUUACUGUCUUUCUCAAGGCAUGCUGCUUUCUAACAUGCACUAUAAUUUUGGAUGUAAUCCUUGCAUUGCUUUCCCAAGGAAGUUUGAAAAAGGGCGAGUAACUAACGUGCUAACUGCCUCUUUUCCUCAGAGGAGCCCCAGAGCAACCCCAGGACCUGAAUGGAGGACUGGCUAAAGCCUACACUUUUCUCUUGUUUUAAUACUUUAUGGUUGCCACUGAAGAAGAAAAAGACAAAGCAGACAACGGUUUGAAAGUAUAAACCUUUUCAGAAACCACCCAGUCUUGCCCCGGGAGGCUGCUCUGCAUCCCGUGGAACCAGUAGUCCUCCGAAAUGAGUUGGUCUGUAAAACAGCUCCUUAGAGCCUGUAUUGGAUUGCAUAUUCCUACACACAGCGGCCCUGUUUAAACUAGGAGCUGUUGUUGAUGGCUUCAAACUGCUGCACUAGCGCUUACAGUGGAGGGGGAAUCUCAGCUCUAGAAGAGAGCAAGGAUCAAGGUUUAUCCUCAGAUAUUCCUCUCCCUCUACCCUCCUCCCAUCCCCUCCCUCCCUCCCCCACCACCUCUCUCUCACACACACACAUCAGACUAAAGAAAAGGAUUAUUUUAAAAGAAUAAAGCCCUUUGUUGUAUCCUUAGUAUUUACUUGAGGAUUUUGUUGCAGAUUCCAUUUCUGGCAAGUCAGUCCACAAUGCCUCGUGGGGUUGGUAAUUCUUAAAGGAAGUCUGUGCAUGGAGAUAUUUUGUGUUCAAAAUGUAUAAUACUGCCCGAGCCAUCUCACGACCCAAGUGUCAAAGACUGAUGCUGUAGCAUAGGAUAUAUUUGUGCAUAAGUAGUGUGUGCAAAUAGUACUUGUACAUUGAAGAGACUCGUCAUAGCAGAUCAAAGGUAAAUUAUUCAAAUGAUGGUGCAAAAACAUUACUUGCAAAGUAAUUGUAUAGUAUUUUCCUACACUCCACCCUGGGAGAUCAUAUUUAUAACAAGUGAAUUAUUAGUGCAUUUUAAUUGUAAUAGGAAAUGAUGCUGCCAUUUCGUGGAGAAUAUCCCACUUGGUCGCAGAGGCCCAACUUUUAUAGCUUUGGUUUAAUGUUGUGGCAUGGUGUAUGCGUUUCUCUCUCAAGCAAUGGAUAAACUCUUGGCUGUCAUUUUCAUUCCAGUUUAUUGACCUCAGAUAAAACAAUGGCUAUUCAUGGAAGUGUAUUCAAGACCACUCAUUUCAGGUAGACUCACAUUCAGUGCCAAACGCUCCCAUGGAAAUGAUCAGACACCUAUAUCAGAAAAGAGUGAAGGGACUUGAACAAAAAUAUAUAUAUAUAUGGGUUUUCCUAAAGAUGGGUGCUAAACUUCUACCAAACAUGUCUCUAGGGACAAAGAGUUGGCCUCCACUCGGGUCAUAACAGUGUAUUUUGGCUGUGGCAACGCUGGGAUGCCCAUUCACACUCUGACACAAGAGCCUGGCACUUGUCACAAAUUAUCAGGAAGAUUGCAGAUGCGUUUGGGAGCCUCGGGUACUCGUUAGACACGGUGAGCCAUUCAAGGCAAGAGGGCCUGUGAGAGUUUGUUCCAGAACCAGUCUGAUGCAAGUGCACCUCCAAUCUAUGCCUUACGAACUCCAGAGGCCAUAUGCAAAACAGGGUCUUCUCAGUGUAUGCAAGGGGCUGCGGCCCCUCCUCUCCUCCCCAGCUGAACAAUACGGACAGUUUUCACACAUAUCUACCUGUAUAACCCUCCGUACCUCUCAUAACUGGUCAACGACUGUAACAGGUUACAUCAGGUGUUUUUCUACAUACUUUUUACACAGAUUCUAUGCGAUUAAUGUAACUUAAUUCAGCGCAUCAUUGUACAAGUUCUUACGCUUGGCCUUAUUUUUUUCCUAAGUGAUUGUGGUUUUUCUUGUGGUUUUUUCUUGUGGUUUUUCUUGUAAAGAUAUUGAGAUGGCUGUUGAUGCUUAUUCUCUGUAACUAAGAAUUUUUACCUUUUUGGGAAAAAGCAUUGCUAUGGAUUAAUGAAUUGAGACUUCAUUUACUCGUUGUAAAUACACUAUUGUGCAAAAAAAAAAAAGUUUCAUUCAAUUGAAUUGCUAGUGUUUACUGAAUUUUGUCUAGACGCCAUUUCUGUUGAUGAAAUAAAGGCCUAUCAUUCUACAUGG